AUGGAAAUUUGUGAAACUGGGGCUUUUGAAGUGUGUAAAUCUUCAGCUGUUCAAUCAACUGCUUCUGCCUGUUUGCCUGCUGUCCAACAAAGCACCAAUGUGGUGCAGCCUUUCAUUUUUUCCGCUGCCCUAAUCCAUGGAGGGAAGACUGAUUCUUCUGACUUCUGUGCUAGUGAAACGCAUCUGAACACCAAAAUGCAAUCCUUUGGCACACCCAAGUCUUUCAGUCAUCAGUGCAGCAUUUCGGAUGGAAAAAUAAGUCAAACCUGGUUACCAGGCAGAAGCUGGAUAAAUAGGAAUCCACCUGAUGUGCGAUGGCACAGCCCAAUAGAAUUCAAAAGCUUCUUCAGAGAAGAGUGUGAGGAUAUUGUCAACCAGCUACGUUGCAAAGCCACAGAUGGGAAGAGUGCAAGCAAGAGGAAGCUGGAUGUAUCCCUCAUUGAUGAGGAGCCUCCUCCCUUCUUCAGUACCCCUUUGCAUAUGCACAAUGAAAUCUACAGCAGCAGCAAGAGGAGGAGAAUAGAUGCGAUUGGUGAGAAUAAUUCAUAUCAUCGUAUUUUGAUGUCCCCCAUUUUCAGAUAGUGCUUCUUUUGAGCUGAUUAUGAGGUCAUUUGCGAACCACUGACCGUUCUAGCUCCAUCUCUGAAAAUUGUAGAAUUUGUAAUUUGGCAUCCAACAUUGACUUGUAGACAGAAUUCAGUAUAUGCUUUCCUGCAGUUGUGGAAACAAUCUGUGUAGGCUCUGAUAAUUUGGGGAAGAACAUCAGCAUCAAAGCUAAUGCACAGUGAUGUCAUAGUGGUAGUUUACCAGUCUUGCUUGAAUCUUGGCAUCCUUGUAAGGGUACUGUGAUGGGUUUCCACGAGACAGCUGUGUUGUAGCCACACACAGUAGAUAAAUAGAUUUGUUGAAAAAUAACACGAGUUAAGCUAUCUGUAAACUAAAAGGCAAAAAAUGGUGACGAGUCUUUCUAACUUACCCAGUAGUGUGUAUGUCUGAAUAUAGCCCAUGUUCACAGUCUUGGCAAGGAUAAAUGAGAAAUGCAAAGUCACACACUUCAACUGGCCAUAAUACUAAACAGUACUUUAUGCAUAACCUUUAUAAAUAAAAAGCAUAGUGACCGUUUUGUAACACAUAGGUGGAGGGAAAUGAGAAACAAUAAGACACUGAAGGGGCAAAAAAAAGGAAUUCCAAAAUGUGUGUUGACAAUAAAGGCAGAGUAUUCAGAUAAUAUGAAUUGGGCUAUGCUCAUAUGCUAGGCACCAGGGCCAGACACAACUAAAAGUAAAGAGUCUGUGACGAAGUGCCUUUCGCCACUUGUGCCUGGAGGGGACUACUGGCUAGCCUCCUGCCUUCCGACUAUGGCCCAUGUGCUGAUAGCGGUAUUUUCCCCUGCAGAAAGGUUUAUUUGUGUAUUUCUGCUGGGGCGUUCUGGACUUUCAGUAUGGUAGUAGUGCUAUCCCAGAUAGCUAUGCGAUGGAGCCUAUUUGUGUAACAAGACUAUGGAAAAGAUUUUGGCUCCAUGGCGAUUGAAUUGUUUGUAUGUGAUCUGAGCACCAUUCAAUAAUAAUGUGCACUCAGAUCUAAGCUAUCUUGGGAUAUGUUGCAUGUAUAUGUUUUAUAUAGUAAUUGUAACAUUGUGUAAUUUUAUGUCUUUUUGUAACCAUGUGGUUAAUGGAGUCUUGCCUCUGUCCUGGGAGAUAAUUUGAUUACUUCCCAAUUAUCUCCAGGAUAGAGAGGAGGGAUUGUGAUGUCACUGUGGGAGUGUUUUGUUUGUAUUGUCUGUGAUUGGUUAUACUGGGUCCCAUCCUGUGGGAUGUCCCCUUGCAUGGGGCUUGCAUAAAAGCCAGUGUGUGGUCAUUAAAACCAGAUCAUCUUGUACCUUUCUUGAAGCCUUGGCUCAUGUUUGGGGGAAGGGAUACCUACACUCUGGGGAUUGCUAUAAUCACUUACUCCCCAGAGUAAGCUCUUGCAAUAGCUUGACUUGUCCCUGCUACGCUCUCUGGAUUUAGGAGAGGUUCACCCACUGGGAGCUGGAUCCUGGUUGUGGAUCCAGGGUGGGUGGAAACGGCGAGACCCCGGCGCAGCUGUAUCGCUGGAAGUGGGGUCUGCAGUGCUGAUGGUGUCGGUUAGAGUGCUUGGAGUCCUCGGCAAGCGCUAGGAGCAUCGAUUGGCGGAGGUACUCUGUCGGAGUGCCAGCGUUCCGUCACAUCAGCCAUUGUGUGAUUCAUCCUCCCUGGUAUCGUGUCUGUAACUAGCACAACAAAAAGUGACCAUGACAAUGGUGAUUGCGUUUUCUAUACCCCUGCUCUUUUUUUAGUGGUUGUGAAGAUAAGGAUGAGUAUUGUGAUUUACCCCGAUAUCUCACCCUCUGCCCUCCCAGAGACUCUCUCUUUUUCAUAGUGUGCUUGCUGUGUCACGUGUGUAGGGUGCUACCUAUGUGUGCUUUUGAUUUGGUAGAUUAAUGUACAAUCUAAAAAAAGUUAUGUCCCCUUGGUGCCCAUAAUGAAAGGCUAGUUGGCUUUCCCUUUGCAGAGUAAUGGAAGAUGAUGUGACUUUGUGGGAUGGGUACAUAGUUUGUCUCAAGGUUUCCCAUACCUUUAUUUUGGUUAUGAAUAGCAUGCUAGUAGUUAUAUAAAGGGGCAAGAAAUUAUGGCAGCAAUGUAGUACUUUUAAUGCUGUAUGAUGGGCCAACACAGUUUCUAAAUUGGUGGUAGUUAAACAUGAUCAAGAUCCUAUCCAGUACAGUAUAUCUAGUCUGAGUUGCUAAAUUAUAUUCCUGUGCAUUUGGUAAGUUUAGGCCUCUAGAGAAUUUUAGUUGGUUCAUUUUGGUUAGACUUAUGUGUGCAGAAUAGCUUUUCCAUAUAAAAUUACAUAUUUUUUCAUAUAGUAAUUCACCUUUUUUGGAGAUUAAAGUGCAAGAACUUGAAAAGGGGUUUAGUAAACUUGGUGACACUCUUUUUUUGUAUAGAUUUAAAUGUCCAAGAAGAGAGGGGUAAUGAUCUCCACCUGUCUAGUUUGAUUGUAUGGAUGUCAUUAGUUGGUAUACUAUUGAUCAGCCUUGGUGAAUAUUAUAUUAAUAUAUUGGCAAAUACUAAUGCCAAGGUAAAUCAUUUUUGUACAUCAAGGAAGAGGGAAACAAAGGGAUGGAAAGCCAGUACUAAAGAGGGUGGUCGAUUUAUUUAAAAUUUGUGCAAAUCCUGCUGUAUUAUGGCAAGUGUCCAGCAGUUUGCUUAAUGGGGAUAAUUGAGAGAUGGGAUUAGAAAUCAAUAAGUAAUCUGCAAAAGUUUAGUCUUUUAGAAUCAUUCCUUUGAGAAUGCUUUGGUAAUUUGUGAGCAGGUCUAUGGCUCACAGCAAUGGACAUAGGGCGUUAUUAAAUGUGGGGACAUCCCUGCCUAACCUCCUCCCCAAUGUGAAAUAUGGGAACUGUCGCCGCCUGCACGCUUCCCCGGGACGGCCGCCUGCACGCUUCCCCGGGACGGUCAUACACACUCCUCAGGAUGGCCGUCUGCAUGCUUCCCUGGGUGGCCACCUCCACGAUCCCUGAGCCGGUUUUCCACGCUCCUCAGGGUGACCGGCUGGCUCCAUUGUUCCCCCAUCCUGUCUUUAGCUAAAGGGCUUUAAAUCCCAGGCACCAGGGCAAAAUUUCUAGUCCCCAUGGUGACCUGGGUCCUGGGAUUUGUCGAGCCCCGGCUUAGCUGUAACAUCCUAGCUUAUUAAUGAGGGUUGAUUAGACAGAAAUGUUUUAAUAUGGGUUUUAGUCACUGCAGUCAAAGCUUGUUUGAUGCCAACUGUAUGUCUACUAGUUAGAAAGUCCAGGUGAUGGAUGGUAAGGAUCAGGGACGUAUUAGCUGCGAGGCAAACAAGGCAUUUGCCUUGGGCGUCACUUUCCAGGGAGCGGCAAAAAAAAGCUGCCCCCAAAUGCACAGGGCAAAUGUCUUGUUAGCCUUGCGGCUAACUAAAAAUCCGGUCGGGCGGCGCUGGCGAGGGAGCACUUUCCCCUGACAUCAUAUUCCGGCUCCCAGCAUCACUCUGUUGCGCGCGAUGGAGCGGAGUGGAGCAGAGCACUCAGGGGAAAGUGCUCCCUCGCCAGUGCCGCCCAGCAGCCCCACUAGACCCCAGGGAGAGGGAGAACCCUCCCCCAGCAUUCCCAAAGGUAAGGAGGCUGGGGGGGGUUAAAUUAAAAAAAUAAGUGUUAAUGUGUGUCUGUUUCACUUUCACGGACGAUAUCAUCAUUGUAAUACAUUUUACUGUUUUGAAACACUAAUAUUUGUGUUCAGCAAAGUCUUCAGAGUAAAACCGUUCCCCCCAUGUGCAGGUUUUAUGGAAUCUUGGAAAGUUACAGGGUUAAAUAUUGUGCUAGCAAAUUAAAUUCCCUGGACUUUUGGCCUGGGUUGUCAGGCAGGUCCCGCAAAUUCUAAUUAAUAAAAUGACCUAAUUAUGUAAAAUUAUUACAUAAAUAUAUAUGUAGAAUUAUGAUAUGUAUACGUAUAUAUGUGUAUAUAAUUUUUCAUGGCAGCAUAUACACAUGGGUUAGCUCCUCCCCUUACAGCCAAUAGGACAGGAUUUAAACAAAUUCUUAUAAAAGGAUGAUCCAUAGAUGAGUCCCUCAGUCAGUAACAAGCUCUUACAGAAGAACUAGACCCAAAAGGGUGGGCCGUAUAUGCCGCCACGAAUAAUAGCCAGGAAAAGAAAAUUACGGUAAGUAUGAAUAAAUGUUCCAUUUUCCUGGCUAAUCAUGGCAGCAUAUACACAUGGGAUUACCCAAGCUCAUAGAGAGGGAAACAUUAGACAAAAUGGAUGCAAAAAGAUUUAAUUAAGAUAAAUACAAUCUACAAAUUAUGAGUGUCGAGAGGAGUGAACUGCAUUAAUGACCAAAUUGAGAGUCCACUGUAGCUUUAACAUCCAGCUUGUAAUGGCAGAUGAAAGUGUUCACUGAAGACCAAGUGCCUGCUUUACAAAUAUCAUCUGGAGAAGCAUUUGCCACAGAAGCCCAAGAUGCUGCGAUAGCAUGAGUGGAGUGAGCCCUGAUACCAGUAGGAACCGGCAGCGAUAAGUACUUAUAAGAACUUGAUAUGGCCGAUACCACUCAUUGUUUUGAGGUAGAGGCAGCUUCACCCUGCCUGUGGCCAAUAGGCAAUACAAAUAGUCUGGACGAUCUGCGGAAGGGGCUGGUUUUCUCCAGAUAAACAACGCUCGAACCCCAUCCAGAGUGUGCCAAUUUUCUUCUUCAGGAGAAGAGGGAUUUGGAUAGAAGGAUGGAAGAACAAUCUACUGGUUCAAGUGGAACAUGGAUACCACUUUUAGUAGAAAUUCCAGAACCGCUUUGAGGACCAACCGGUCCUGAAGUACCCUCGUAUAUGGAGCUUCGCAGGACAAUGCUUGGAGUUCACAUAUCCUUUGUGCGGAAGUGACUACCACCAACAGGCGUACCUUUCGAGUUAGUACCAUCAAUAGAGCUUGGUCAAGUGGUUCAAAGGGUGACCUUGUCAUGGCCUUUAAGACCAGAGGUAGGUCCCAUGCCGGCAAAAUACCUUAAGAGGAGGCUGGAUCUUCAUAGCUGCUUUAAGGAAAUGUUUCUAGAGCCCACCGGGUACCUGACAAAGUGGAUAGGGCUGAUACAUGGAUCUUCAGAGUGUUGUAGCUAAAGCCCUUAUCAAGGCCAGUCUGAAGGAAACAGAGCACUGAAGAUAAGGCCAGGGGUUUAAUCACCACCUGAUGUUCCUGUACCCAGCAAACAAAGGCAUGCCAAAUCUUAUUAUAUGUGGAGGAAGUGGAUAUCUUACAUGAUCUCAGGAGAGUUAUGAUGACUCUCAGGCAUGCCAACAUUCAUCAGUCUCCCGCUCAAUCUCCAAGCCCUCAACUUGAGGGUUAGAGGGUUUGGGUGUGGCAGCGGUCCUUGGGAUAGUAGAUCUGGCUGAACUGGGAGUUCCCUCGUGGGCUCCCGACUCAUCCGUCUCGCCAUAGGUAACCAGGGCUGACUGGGGCAGAAUGGGAGGAUAGCGAUGACCUCUACCUUCUCCUUCUGAAUCUUCAGAGUCUGGUAUAUGAGGGGUAUAGGAGGGAACACAUAUGCCAGAGUGAACCUCCAAGGUUGGACAAGAGCAUCCUGACCCCUGGCUCUGUGAUCGACCAGUCUCGAGAAGAAUGCUUCGACUUGGGUGUUUUGGGCCGUUGCCAUGAGGUCUAUCUGUGGAGUUCCCCAGAUAAAAGCCAGCUCCUGAAAUACUUCGGGCCUUAGAUGCCACUCGCUCUUGUCUAUAGUCACAUGGCUCAGGUAGUCUGCCAUGGUAUUCUGAACCCCUGGGAGGUGUACCGCAGAGAUACCCUGUAUAUUUUUCUGACACCAACACAUGAUGGGCCGACGUUCCCUCAUCAAGAGCCUUGAUGGGAGACAUAGGUUACUGCCGCCUGGUUGUCGGACUGGACUCAUAUCCACCUGUUCUUCAGGAUCCCCUUGAAGUGUAGACGAUCUCUGUGAAUGGCACGUAACUCCAAAACAUUCCCUGGAAGAACCGACUCCUGUCUGUUCCAUCAACCUUGAGUCAUCUGGUCCCGAAAGUGGGCACCCCAACCAUGAGCACUGGAAUCUGUUGUCAAUAGGAUUCAAUUGGGUUCUAUCAAAGGGAAUCCGCUUUCCAAAUUAUUUUCUUAACCACCAUGACAGAUGCACCUUUACCAACAGAGAUAUCUUCAAGGGCUGAUUCCAAUACAUAACCUGCCGGUUGAAGUGGUUCAGGAAUGAUCUCUGAGGAACUCUUAGAUGCCACUGGGCCCACCUGACUAGUCCUAUAAAAGAAGUCAGAUUGCCCAGAAGUUGCGAAUAUCUCUUUGCUGUUAUCAUACGAAGGUGUAAAAUCCUGUAGAUGAAGCUUAAUCCUCCGUAUCCUUUCUUGUGAAAAGGAGAUAGAGUUCUGGAGAGUAUCGAAGUUCGCCCCCAGAAACGUAAUCCUCUGGGAUGGAAUGAGGCUGCUCUUCUGAUGAUUCACCAACCAGUAGAAUCGAUGAAGUUCUGGUAGCACGAAAUUCCUGUGUAGUACCACCAUCUGGACGUUUGGUGCUACCAAUAGGUCGUCCAGGUAAUGAAACAGAUUCCCUGAAUCCUCAAUCUUUCUAUAAGAACCAAUACCUUUUGAAAAAGGUCCUGGGUGCUGUGCUCAGGCCAAAUGGGAGUGCUCUGAAUUGAAAGUGAUCUUCUCCUAUUGCAAAUUGGAGAAACCUUUGUUCCUUGGCUAUAGGGACGUGAUAGUAGGCGUCCUUUAGAUCUAUAGAUAUGAGCCAAUCUGCCUUUCGGAUAGCUGGUGAGAUGGAUCUUAUGGACUCCAUCUUUAAGGAUCUGACUAAUAGUCUCCUGUUGAUCCUCCGCAGGUUUAGAAUAGGUCUCCACUUGUCCUUGUCUUUCUGGACUAAGAACAGAGGUGAAUAAUGACCCUGGAAUCGUUCCUUUUCCCGAACUGAAAUGACUCUUUGGGACCUGAGGUUCCGAACAUGGUCUCCCAUAGCCCUGCUUCUGCCCUCGUCCUUGGGCAGACCUGUGGUUAUGAAGAAGUCGCCCCUGGGUCUUUUGCGGAAUUCUAACCGAUAACCUCUUUGAAUUAUUGCUUUGACCCAGGAAUCUUGUGUGUCUUCUGCCCAAACUUUCUUGAAGAGGGAAGGAUGAGCACCCACUUCCGACGGAUAGACAGAAGUUUCUGCCUCCAGCACGAAAGGAAGGAUUUCUACCUCGGGAAGAACGUGAAGCAUAUGAUUGGCCCCCACGCCAAUUACUCCGGUUGAAUUCUCUACCUGGUUGGUAGCUAUGAGAAUCCCGAAAAUAUUGGUCUCUAGGAGGUCGCUUUUCUGACCAAGAGGAGCCUGGUCUCCUUCUUUUUUUCUUGGGGUAAAAAGACUUUAUGCCUUUCAGCUGCUUUUUUUAAUGGAAUCCUCCAGGGUUUUCCCAAAUAGAAGCUCGCCUUCAAAUGGUAUGGAACAUAAAUUGGCCUUGGAGGAGGAGUCCGCACCCCAAUAAUGCUACCGAGAGAGCCAUGGUGCGGGAGAAAAUCCUGGUGAUAUCCAGGGCUGCUUGUGUGAUAAAUUGAGUAGCUAUCCUAAGGUCACAGCAUAUCUGAGGUUUGUUCUCUUUAUUCCUCUCUCCACAUCUGUAUCCAGAUCUUUCACCCAACUUUUCAUGGCUCUGGAAACUGCUGUAAGACAAACAGCUGGAUGGCAUCCUGUUCCACCCGCCGAAUAUAUCUUGGAAAGAUCUGCAUCCAACUUCUUAUCCAUUGGUUCCCGCAAGGAAGCUGAACUAUCCAGUGGUAAACUAGUUCUCCUGGCUACCCUAGAGAUGGGGUUGAGAAACAGUUUAUCAUCACACUUGAAAAAAACAUAACAAAGAUCACAAUAAUUUGAAAUUUAUGGGUAUAUAUAAACUAACACCAAAUUGGAGAGAUCUGAUAAAACGCGUAGGACAAAUGGAAAUGAGGUGGAUUUUUAACUUGAAUACACUAACACCUCUUAAUAGCGAUUUCGAACUGUCAUUUUUUAUAACCCUUUUUUAUUAUAUUAUAUGUCUUUAAUUAUUAAUACAAAGCAUCAGUGAUUUUGUUACUGUCAUUGCUGUAUAAUGUAAGAUCUCUAUUUACUUUAUUAUAUAACUGCUGGCACUUUUUGCACCUUAUACUAUUUGCAUGAAACAAAUCCGUUACAUAUAGGAAAAGGCUGCUAGCUCUCUCUAAAAAAGCAAUGUUUUAGCGACAAUUUCAUUUAACUGUGACAUUUUGUGUCUCAACUGCACUAUCGACACCUAACUUUCCUUUUUCCAUUUUGCCAUUACUCAUUUGCUCUGUAGCUCUGUACAUAUAGACUUUUUGCCAUUAAGUAAAAUGGCGUCAGUGGACUUGCACGGAUGUAAGGACGUAGUGACAGUGCUACGUCACUUCCAGUUGACGAAACCGGAACUAAAUAAGCGAUGAUCACAGCCGCGAUCAAUCAGGAGGGCGGGAACCAAUCUACCAAUGACAUCCACCGACACCAUUCAAAAGACCAGGAACUCAAAUACAGAUACGAUUGAAAAAGCCACCAGGGUGAAACGCGUCUCGGGACCACCCACAGGAUUGAAUUUUUAUUUGGACCAUUAUUGUUUUAUAUUUUGUAUUUUUACCUAAUAAAUUUCAUUUUUUACUACACCUUCUCCUGUGGCAUCCAGCAUCCAGAGUUCCUGUUACAUUCAAAGAAGGGUAUGUGUCCUCUUAUUGGCACAUGUGCUGUUUAACUUAGAGCCGCGUUCAAGGCUCUAUGUAAGGUGAGCAGUUUUAUUUAUUCACCUACAUAUAUUGGUACCUUAGACUUAUUACACUAGAUACUGGCAUUUGUCACUUUUUCAGAGGGAGACUAUAAGCAACAUCACCUAAAGGAUCCAUGUCUCCUCAAAUAGAUGUCUGCUUGAGUGAUCUGAGCCUGUCCUGUCUAGGCUCAGAACCACGUGAGUGAAUUCCUAUUGAGUUAUUUCACUCGCAUUAUUCUUAUACAUUCCACACUAUUAUCUAUCCCCCCCUUAGGUUACCAAGAGUUCCAAGGGGGGAAAGUUAUUUCCAAACUUCUGAGCGCUCCACCUUCCACUGGGAUAACUUGAUAAAGCAUCAGCAGCCGCAUUUUGUACACCGGGAACGUGCAUGCAAGUAAUGAAAAACUCAUGAGUAGCUGCUAGCCAUGUCUGUCUCCUCACCAGUUUUAUAAUAACCAAAGAUUGGGAGCGACUCUUGUUGAGAAUGUGACAAGCUGCCUGGUUAUUGAGAAAACACCUGACAGCUUGACCUAUCCAGGAUACCCCCCAAGUGAAGGCUGCAACUCCCACUGGGAAAAUUUCAAACCGCGCCGAAGAGUCGGUGAAAUUGCAAUUGACUGGACUCACUCAUUUGCGAAGAUUGCAGCAUAACCUGCAGUACUGGCAGCAUUUGCCCAAAUGACAGGGUAUUUAUCUGAGGGGCUGGAUGAACAUAGACUUGCCGUUCCAUGAUGACAAAAAUUACCACAUAAAAAUGUCAGCUUUUGCUUGGGAGUCUGUCAAUAACGCUAUCAUUGUCAGGUAAACCGUGCAGCAUGCAUAGGUCGCGAGAUAAAGGAUCUGUCUUGGGGAAUGGUUUUUGCAUGUGCCUGGAAACACAGGGAGCAAACAUGCAGCAAUCUGCAGGCGCUGUACCUGCAGCCGCUAGCGUUAAAGUUGCUGCAAAUCUGAGAUUUGCCCAAAAAGACUGGGUCUCCCCCAACUUGUCUUUUAGGUCCCGUUGUAUGGGCCUGGCAGACUAGGGUACGGAGGCUUGGUUGGUGGAUGGGAGCUCAGCGCGGUUGGGGCACAUAUUUGUUGUGUGAGUAGAUGACGAGCAAGCUGCACAAGCUGGAACUUCUAGACCAGCAAAAUGCCUAUAAAAUAGUUCCGUAUCAAGAGAACUCCAAUCAGUUUUAAUGCUGAACUGGGCAAGUGCCGCGGCUGCUGUUUGCAGAAAAUGACUUGUGAUAGUCAAAAAUCGCAAAUCCGCCGUACUUAUGCCCGAGGUCUACUAGCUUGUGCAAGUCGAACUCUUCAUGUCUUUGGGGAAAAACUGAACAUAUUACAUCCCUAAUCAACCCAAAAGCUAAAACAAACUCUGUGAUAGAAAGUGUUUUGUUAAGCCUAGGGUCUCCUGCUUUCAUAACAACCGACAAGUCACCAAAUGAGUAAGACUUGUGGUCGGUGACAUACACUGACGCUAUGAGCAAGGGCACCAGGUUGACAUCUUUUCCCUUCAAGAUGUCCUUUCUCCGCAUCAGAGGAACUAGAUGGGCUGGCGUGAUUAUGGUACUGGUGGAGGUUGAGGGCUGGUUAGCAACCAUAAGAGUAUUGCCCUGCACUCCAACACUCGCAAUAAGGAUAACAGGAGGAACGGCAGCUGAGGAGGAAGUACCCGUAAUCGUAGCAGCUUCCAAGACCCCGAGCCUAGUAGCAAUGGUGUUAAUGGAGGAGGUCAAAUUAGUAAUUAAGGAGUGCAGGUCAGACAGACUGGGUUGAACUAUCCCUUCAUGACUGGGACCAGGGGUUUCAGAGUUGGCCUGAGACCUUAACAAUCUGAACAGUUCAGCCUUCCUAGCCAUGGCUGGAUAGGCUAUAUUUUUCUUCUUUAAUUCGGCUGUGAUCUUCAGGAUAGUCCAUGAUCUUAAAGAACUAGGACUUGCCUGGAGGGGGAAUAGUUCCUAGCCGGGGUACUAGGUAAAGAUAGGUAGUCACCUUGAAUGGACUCAUUUGACGUUCUAGGUAGGAAGAAAAGACCAUGUGUAACAUAGUGUUUAUGAUAGGUGAAGCAAAAAUGGAUUGGCAGUAGCUAAUGCCAAGUGGCAAAAUUGUAUUACCAUAAGGGUAAAUUUGGUGAACCCAGCUAGGCGCCGAUUGGCGAGAGGCUUUAACUAGGAAUUGGCAUGUGGGCGUAAAUCCCUUCUAACGUAAUGGGGAGAAUGCCUCAGGUCUCCGAUAACUGAUAGUCAAAAAGGUUGGGCGUGACAGGUGAGGCCACGACUAUACCAAUGAGCGAGGCACUAACUAUGCGUUGGACCGAUGGACGAAUGUACCUAGAGAUUGGGGUGGGAGUAGGCAUCGCUGGACCACUGAUUAUGGCAUAGAAGCCCAGAAAGGCAUACCUAGUUGGGCCUAGUCUAUAGCUAGAGAAAAUGCCAGUCCAAGUUACUAGGGGUAUCUAUUUCAGUAGAUCAUUCCGUACCUUGGUCAAGUAACUGGACUUGUAUAUACGAGGUUGGAGCUGAUGGGGUAGCGGGUAAACUAAUAACUGGGACAAGACCUAUGAGCAAACCAGACCUAAUUAUAACCAUAACCGGAUAACAUGUAUUUAAACAGUUGAAAUAGCCACUUACGAACACGUCUAGCUGAAAAGUGACCUAUAGUGUUCACCCCCAAGAGCAUCAACUCUUGCAGGCUUGGGUGGAAGAAGACAAAUGAAGCAGUGAGUAAACAAAUACAUAAGACAGGACCCAUGGACACACCAGAUCUAAUAUAUCCAAACAAAUGACAUGUAUAUCAACGUAAGUUUAAAAUUGAUAGCCACUUACUAAGUCAAGCGUCAUGAAACGCCUAUAGAGUCAGCCAUAGAAAUGGAAACUCUUGCAUUCUUGUGGGUGAGCGUCAGAACCUGUGUGGGGACAGGACUAAAUCAACUACCAAAAUAAGAAAGCAGCACUUCUAAUUUUUUAUUUUUUUUAAAGUAAGCAGAGCUUACCAAUAGUUAAGAUGAAGAAACACUUGAAACUUCUGAUUUUGCUAACCAAUUCAGGAAAUGUUGAGCCUAAUGAGGCAGAAGUAACAGACAAAAUACAUGAUAGCUUUGAAUUUGACCAUAAAAGAUGUAGGUGAUGAGACAAACCCUUUGACACCAAAUAUUCCUGACUGAAGAAACCAUACCUAAAUCAGGAUUUGUUUUACUAAUUCAAACAUAAAGCACAAUAUUUUGACAAAAUAAUUACCUAGACAGGCCACAAGGUGGUGGUGAUAACUUAAAUAACUUGUAAAUUCCUAAUACAAAAAGCUUAAAUUCAGCCGAAUGAAGGGAAAUGACAGCAAAAGCCCUUGCCCUUAAAGGGACACUCCAGGCACCCAGACCACUUCUGCCCACUACUCUUAACCCUGCAAGUGUAAUUAUUGCAGUUUUUUUUUAUAAACUGCAAUAAUUACCUUGCAGGGUUAACUCCACCUCUAGUGGCUGUCUACUAGAGGGCACUUCCUGGUUCCUACCACAGGAAACCUGUGUAGAGCGUCGCUGGACGUCCUCGCGCUGUGAGGACCUCCAGCGUCACUCAUUUCCCAAUAGGAAAGCAUUGAAAUGCUUUCCUAUGGGGAGUACUAAUGCGCAUGUGUGGCAUUGCCGUGCAUGCCAUUAGGUCUUCCCAGCCAGUGGGCGCGAUCAGUCUCGCCCGCCGGCCGAAGCAGUCAGGAGGAGCGGUGCGGUGGGAGAAGCAGCGAUGUGGGACAUCGUCGCUGCCUCAGGUAACCGGGGAUUGGGGGGUGGGAGGGAGAGGGAACCUGCAGUGCCAGGAAAACGGAUUGUUUUCCUGGCACUGGAGUUUCCCUUUAAUGGCAAGACUGCUUUGAAAAAGCCGAACUGAACGUGCCGAACGCAUUGCUGCAAGUAUGUUUGAGGGGAGCUAAACCUGCUAAACAAAAUCUUUUGCCGAAAGGAAAGCACACAUGGCAAGUUUAAAUGUGUAGACUAACUACACACAGAGAACCCAGCGUGUAUGCGGGCAUGAAUGCAAGGGGGGGGUGGUCUGUGGCUCGAUAACGUGGUGCUGGGGAAACCCAGUGAGUAGAAAGGAGACUGGGUUACUAGUCCCGAUGGUAUGCUGAGAGGCACCAGUCAGGAUAACUCACUGUUGGUGAUCAGAUCUUGUGGAACAGACAGUCGCCAGGAGGCAGCAGCAGGGACCUCCAUGCAGGCGAUCAGGACCUUCCACUGGCUUAAACUCGGAAGUGAAAGAUCUACGGCAACGCUGGAACUAGAGUGCAGGUAACGGGUGGAGGUCUGGGUUUAAAUAGGCUGGACAACUCAUCCCACAACUACAGGCUGACUCGUGUGUGUGUGUGUGUGUGUAUAUAUGUGUGUGUGUAUAUAUGUGUGUGUGUAUAUAUGUGUGUGUGUGUGUGUAUAUAUAUAUAUAUAUAUAUAGACAUAUGAGUCAGCCUGUAGUUGUGGGAUGAGUUGUCCAGCCUAUUUAAACCCAGACCUCCACCCGUUACCUGCACUCUAGUUCCAGCGUUGCCGUAGAUCUUUCACUUCCGAGUUAAGCCAGUGGGAGGUCCUGAUCGCCUAUAUAUAUCUGAUGCAUUGCAGAUAAGCUUAUUUCAAGAGUGCCUGGAAGACCUUUGGAAACUGGUAUAAACACAUUUUUGGCAGUAUCGUCUAACUAAAAAUAUAGCUAGAAUGCUUGUUCAUGUGCUAAUCUCCAAUCUCAAACACUGCAAACCACUCUUGAUUUCCUACACUUCUGUUGUCAGUCCUUGCAUUGGUUUACUAUAUCUGAGGCACUUUAAAGGAUCACUAGAGUCAACAUAUAAAAACAAGAAAGACCGGCCCCCCAGCCUUAUUUCUUGCUUUUAUUUGAACUUGCCCCUAUUCAAUAAAUCCAAGCACUUUAUAGCAUUAAAACUUACCCCCGUUCCAGCGCCGAGCUUCCCUGCCAGGCCACGCCCCCUUUUCCAACAAAAUGACGAAAUUGCAGGGCCCCAUAGGACGUCAUCGCUGUCUGGUGCGCAUGCGCGGCUUCGCGCUGCACAAAUCAGGUUCUUCAUAGAGCGGCAUUGAAUGCUGCUCUAUGAAAAAACUGAGCACUCUACCGCGCAUGUGCGCGGUAUGUGCGUUCGCAAGCUGACUCUCAGCUCGCUGUCUAUGCCCAACCCCCUCCUACGGCAAACCUCCAGCCCAAAGUAUGCAUGCAAACACUAUAAAUAGAGAUCUCUAUAUAUAGUUUGCAUACAAACACACUCUCCGUCUGUCUCCGUCUGUCUCUCUCGCUCUCACCCAGUCAGUCCCCCACCCACAAAAUAAGUUUACUUACAGUUUGAAUCCUCCCCUCCUGCUCAGUCUCCGGUCUUCAGCCUGUCAGCUCCCACAAUCCCAUAUGCUGCUGACGGCCUGCAGACCGGAUGCUCAUGCACAGUGCUGCCCUGUCUGCUGACAGCACAUCUGAGUGGAUGGAUGUGAAUUACGCAUCCAUCAACUCUGAAAUCCCUCUGGUGGCAGUCUGAGUGACUGCAACUAAAGGUGUUCCUAGCUUUCAAUGUAAACACUGUAUUUGUUGCUUACAGUGUCCCUUUACUAAGUUUGAUGUUGCUUCCAGAUGUGCUUUAGUAAUUUCAAGUCUUCAUUUAAAGAGAUUUCUACUGCCAUGGAGGGAGGAAGAACAUUUCAAACUCAAGAAAUGCAGGUAUAUUUUCACUUCCAUCCAAUGUUGAAAGACACCACGAGGAGAAUGGAAGGUGCCUGAGAAACAUCCUUUCAUCACUUAACAUUUCAAAAAUGUUUUUGCUUUGAGAUGCAGAUAAGCCUUGCUGUUGGGAAAGUUUCAUAGCUAAAGUAUUCUAAGGAUUUUAAAAAAAAAUUAAAAAACUUGCGAAAAUUGAUCCAGACUGCAGCAGCUUUAGCGUAAGACCCUUGUUUUUGAGGACAAAUAAAGAUUGACUAGUUUUCCAACUUGAAACAUCUCUUGCUGUAUAAUUCAAUGAGGACACAGUAAAACCUUUACAGCAUAACAAACUGAAUGCAGAAUUCCUUUGUGACUUAUCUGCUGCAGCCCUCAGAGUAUCAGCCUGAACUAUGGGUCUUUUGGCUGCAGACAGAAGAGCCAUAUGGGAGCAAUAUGGCAUUUAUACUUCUAAAUAAUUACUUCAUAGGUCCCUUACUCAAGCAGAUGAAGGUAAAUAUUCUUUAAAGGACCACUACAGUGCCAGGAAAACAAACUUGUUUUCCUAGCUUUAUAGGGUCUUUGGGUCCCCGCUGGGCUCUAGGGGGAGGAAGUGGUUAAAUUCUUAUCUUGCCACGCGCGCAUUCAGUCAGUCCAUAGGAAAGCAUUCUUAAUGCUUUCCUAUGGACGCUGGCGUCUUCUCACUGUGAAAAUCAGUGAGAAUCGCGGAAGUGCCUCUAGCGGCUGUCAAUGAGACAGCCACUAGAGGCUGGAUUAACCCUAUAGUAAACAUAGCAGUUUCUUUGGAACUGCUAUGUUUACAGCAGGCAGGGAUAACCCUAGCUGGACCUGGCACCCAGACCACUUCAUUGAGCUGAAGUGGUUUGGGUGCCUAUAGUGGUCCUUUAACGUCAGUAUGGCUAGAAUGAGGUUUUUCUUUUUUUUUUUUUUUUUUUUUUUUUAGUAGUUUUUCUUUUGCUAGUCUUUAAGUUCAGGCUUUGAAGGAUGAAGACUCAAAGGACAACUCCAAACGACAAAAGUUCUCUGGCAGAGAUAUAAAUGGCAGGUUUUGAAGCCAGAUACACUUGGCAGCAAUUGGCAAAGAACUUCAUGAAACAUUCCUUUGGAUUAUAAAAGAAGCUUUACCUUGGACUGGAAUAUCUUCCCCAAUCAACAUCUCAUGUCCUUCUGUUCAGGUAGAAGGCUUGGAAAACCUCCUUCACACAAAUGUUAUAAAAGUGCCACAAGCUCUUGGAAUAACCUUUUCGGAAAUUAGAAAUGUUGCGCGUAACCAAUGCGUUCGUUUUUGAAAAACAUGGAUAGAUGUUUACAAGAUUAUCGUAGCAUGUUAUAGCACUGUAAUGUAGUAUACUUUUCAUAUAUUUUUUUCCUGCAGUGGUGAAGUUCAAAAUAAAAAAAGCCUCAUAUUUUACUACGUGGUUGAGUUGUGUUAACUAAGCAUGCGGUGAAGCUUUCAGUAUAUUUAACCUUAUAUGUAAUUAAGUAAGCUUUGCAUUUCUAUUGUAAGCUUAAUAUAGGUCAGAAUAUAUAUAACAAAUUACAGAAGCGUACCAGAUAGCCUCUGAAUGCCGUAGGGCGCCAAUAUCUUAUGUUCUCGCAGAAGCCACUUGUAACGUCCUAAGGACAAUUUCAAUAUAGGUUGUCACGUAUCUCAUUUGCUUUUGGUUUGCCAGUUAGUUGAUUACAAUGGCAAACAUGAAGCCCGUGUUAGCUGGUUUGUGCAAGUGCAUUGUGUUAGCUGGUUUGUGCAAGUGCAUUGUGUUAGCUGGUUUGGGCAAGUGCAUUGUGUUAGCUGGGUUGGGCAAGUGCAUUGUGUUAGCUGGUUUGGGCAAGUGCAUUGUGUUAGCUGGUUUGGGCAAGUGCAUUGUGUUAGCUGGUUUGGGCAAGUGCAUUGUGUUAGCUGGGUUGGGCAAGUGCAUUGUGUUAGCUGGUUUGGGCAAGUGCAUUGUGUUAGCUGGUUUGGGCAAGUGCAUUGUGUUAGCUGGUUUGGGCAAGUGCAUUGUGUUAGCUGGUUUGGGCAAGUGCAUUGUGUUAGCUGGUUUGGGCAAGUGCAUUGUGUUAGCUGGUUUGGGCAAGUGCAUUGUGUUAGCUGGUUUGGGCAAGUGCAUUGUGUUAGCUGGUUUGGGCAAGUGCAUUGUGUUAGCUGGUUUGGGCAAGUGCAUUGUGUUAGCUGGUUUGGGCAAGUGCAUUGUGUUAGCUGGUUUGGGCAAGUGCAUUGUGUUAGCUGGUUUGGGCGAGUGCAUUGUGUUAGCUGGUUUGUGCAAGUGCAUUGUGUUAGCUGGUUUGGGCAAGUGCAUUGUGUUAGCUGGUUUGGGCAAGUGCAUUGUGUUAGCUGGUUUGGGCAAGUGCAUUGUGUUAGCUGGUUUGGGCAAGUGCAUUGUGUUAGCUGGGUUGGGCAAGUGCAUUGUGUUAGCUGGGUUGGGCAAGUGCAUUGUGUUAGCUGGGUUGGGCAAGUGCAUUGUGUUAGCUGGGUUGGGCAAGUGCAUUGUGUUAGCUGGUUUGGGCAAGUGCAUUGUGUUAGCUGGUUUGGGCAAGUGCAUUGUGUUAGCUGGUUUGGGCAAGUGCAUUGUGUUAGCUGGUUUGGGCAAGUGCAUUGUGUUAGCUGGUUUGGGCAAGUGCAUUGUGUUAGCUGGUUUGGGCAAGUGCAUUGUGUUAGCUGGUUUGGGCAAGUGCAUUGUGUUAGCUGGUUUGGGCAAGUGCAUUGUGUUAGCUGGUUUGGGCAAGUGCAUUGUGUUAGCUGGGUUGGGCGAGUGUUUUGUGUUAGCUGGGUUGGGCAAGUGCAUUGUGUUAGCUGGUUUGUGUCAGCUGUUUGGGUAGUUACCUUGUGUUGGUUUAUGCAGUUAUUUUGUGUUAGCUGGUCGGUGUGACUGCUCUGUGCCGGCUGGUUUGUGCAAGUGCUUUGUGUUGGUUGGUUUGUGUGGUUGCUUAGGCCUAGUAACAUACAAUGCAGUAAUUAGGCAGGUAAAUAGGCAGUAUUGAAACCUGAACAGCUUAUGGUAGCAAUUAAAAACAUAUGUCCUUGCUGCUAGGUCAGUUGCUCAUCAAUCUGUACUACCCUGCACAGUUUGAACUAGAAGGAGUAUGUAUACAAACUCUUUAUGUUAAGUGCAUUAGUAUUGCCUAGUCUAUUAAAACUGACAUGCGGGGUAACAUAGGCUUAUAAACUAAAAAUUACUAAUAAGGACUGAAACAAUACAGGAGCAGGUCUGUUCUGAAUGUCUAAGCUUUCGGCUAAAUGAGUCCCAAACGUUGACGAGUUAGGUUGGGCCAUCCAUAUCUGGGGCCCACGGGUACCUCCCUGACGGGGAGCCCUCUUUUGCCUUCACCCUGGGCAGACUCCGGUCCGCCAGUGGGUAGAUCCGUGACGCUGUGGGCACUCUGUUGUGUGGGCAGUCUAGCAGAUCCCUCCCCCCCACGUUGAAUCCACCUGCCGCCUGUCCCCUGCACCUCCCCGGCUCCCCCGUAUCCACCCCCGGGUACCAGCCAGUCCAUGCCUCGCCUGGCUCCGGUCUCAUACUUGGUACCAGUGCGUGCCCCCCGGCCACUGGUCCGCCGGAGGGUGCGCGCCCCUCGGCCACUGGUCCGCCGGAGGAUCCACUUCCAAUUUUGCAACAAACUGGGGGGAAAAAAUCCUUCUUGACGCCAGAAUGGCAGUCAGAUUAGUCCUUGGAACAAGAAGCUAUUACCCUACAUUGAAAAAUUAUAUCCUUGAAUAUUGUUUUUGCAAGUAUGCAUCUAGUUGCUGUUUGAACAUCUCUAUGGACGCCGAUAAAACCACUUCAUCAGGUAGAAAAUUCCACAUCCUUAUUGUUUUUACAGUAAAAAAAAAACUACUUUUCUUUGCUUUAGAUGAAAUCUUCUUUCUUCCAGUCUAAACACAUGACCUUGUGUCCUAUGUAAAGUCCGGUUUGUGACUAGAUUUCCACCCAGUGGUUUGUAUUGGCCCCGGAUAUAUUUGUAUAAUGUUAUCAUAUCCCCUCUGAGGUGACAUUUUUCUAAGCUAAAGAGGUUUAAAUUUGUUAACCUUUCUUCAUAGCUAUGUUCCAUUCCUUUUAUUUCGUAGCCCGCCUCGGCACUGUCUAGUGCCACAAUAUCUUUCUUUAGAACAGGUGCCCAAAAUAUUCAAGCACAGCAUAUUCAAGAUGUGGUCUAACCAGUGAUUUAUAAAGAGGCAAAAUGAUAUUCUCAUCCCGAGAAUGAAUGACCCCAGAAUAAGUCAGAUUUAUCCUUGGAUCAAGAAGCUAUUACCCUACAGUUGAAAAAUUACCGAAUAUUAUUUUUUUUGCAAGUAUGUAUCUAGUUGUGCCCCUCAUACCUCCCCAGCAUAUAAAUGGGGGGACGGGAGGAGAAGGGGGCAUUAGGCUCCCCAUAGGAAAGCAUUCACUCAAUGCUGUCCUAUGGGGAUUUCACUGAUGCCGGAUAUCCUCAUGCAUCCAGCGUCAUUUAGGCGACAGUCUGCUAAACUCCCAGAAGCAUCUCUAUUGGCCAUCUAGUAAAGAGAUGUAUUGCAUUGCAGGACUAAGUGUAACAGGGACCUUACACCCAGACUAAUUCAAUGAUGAAUGAUGAAGUGUUCUGGGUUCCUAUUAUGUCACAAACUGCUCUAAUCACCUUAAAUGGACCUCACUAUCUCUUUUCCCCCCACGCUGCCCCCUUGGUUAGAGGUAACUAAUACACUUGAGCUCAGACUGUGGUUAUCACCAGGUUUGCUAAUUAUACCUCCUAUGCUCCUGCACGUGGAGGACAUAAUGACAACUCACCUUGCAUGAUUUUACUUCUUGGAAGCUAAGGAGGUGUUUGUCUACCUAUUUUGUAACAUUUAUUAUCACAGCAGGCCCGCACCCCACCUUGGUGAUUUGGAUAAUUUCUCGAUAGGUAAUGGUCCAUUCUUAACACCUAUAGCUGACGGACUGGCUUUCCUCUAUGAUUGACAUAAUGUGUUUACUCACAAAUUCAUUCCCUAGAGCACUUGCCCCUUAUAAGGCAAAUUAUUCUCUGGGAUGACCACUGACCUGACUUUUUCCCUUUUUCGCAGAUUCCAAUGUUAGGGACACUUAAUCUACCUGAGCCCUUUCUCGGCAGAAGAAAAGGGCCAUCAGGCCCAUUGAGGGUAAUCACAUUUUUAAAUGUAACAUCCUAUACUCCUGUAUAUGGAGGGUUCUUGCUAGUUUCACCUUGCUUGUUUAUGAUGAACUUUCACGUCUGGGGGAGACGGCCGAUCCCUCAGUCGGCGUUGCAGCCGGACCCAAGGCGGGCAGCCCUGUUUCUCCCCCCCAUGCCCCCUGCCGGUGAGGGUUAUCCCGGCAAACUCAGCCACUUGCCUGCUUCUGGGACUGAACUGCGUGCACCCCGCCAAAAUCCACGGGCAUAGCUAUAGCUCUCAAAAUGGCCCUGUAACAUACGCGAGGCCUGACCUAAGCUUUUUGGCAACAUUCGACAAUCUGUAAAGACUUCUGGAAGUGACUGAGGCAACAAGCAGCCCCUGUCCACAAGCUCAGACACUGAUCCUGCCAAGAAUAGCACCCACACUUAUCACCCUCCAGAGAUACAGAGGGGGCCCAAGAAGAUGAACCACUCUGGAUGGAGAAGGAGCCCUCCUGUGCCCUUGAGAAGCUGCAGAGAAGGGAGUGGGAACCCUCGACAUGCCCGCCGCACAUGCGCCCAGCAGAGGAGACAGCUCAAACAUCAUGCUGGCGAGAAGCAUCGGAAUUGACCCCCCCUUCUCGCACUGACCUCUCCCAGCAGUACAAUGACCUCCACUGGAGCACGCUUGGUCCUACGCAACACAGAGCCUUGACAGGCUGUCUCUCCAGUGCUCCUGGAAGUGGCAACCAUCUGCAGCACCUGGCGACCCUACCUCACGAAGGGGCAUCGGCUGAUUCCCUUAUCUCACCCAGAGACUCGUACCCAAGCCCAUCUCCCUUUAUUAACCAGUAAACCUAGCAAGUGGUGGGGGAAAGUAUUUUGUUUAUCCAAGCUUUUACUACCUAUAUAAACACGUUUACCUAAUGACAUCAUACAGUUCAACAUGAGCAGUUAAGCAUAAUAUAAGCAUGUUUUACCAUAUUUCUUUCCUGACCAUAACCAGUAUUUCCAACGUGUUAUCUUGGCUUUACAAAAAAGUGCUAAUGUUUUAUAUCUGUUUUUGAAUUGCUUGCUAGAACUGUCAUGGUAGCACAAGCUUGUUUAUCACGUGCACUACAAAACUAAAAACUUUUUAUUUUUUUUAUUCUAAAUAAGUUAUUGAAAAGUUAAAAUACUUAAAGUAUGUGAUAAAAAAUGUUUACGUGUUCAAAGAGAAGUUACCACAGCUUAUUUAACAGUGUCUAGUUUAAACUGCUAGCAUAGUGUCUAAUUUCAGCUUGAUCACCUUAACCUGACUUGAACAGAUAACAAGAUGUUUUAACACUUUCCAAAUUGGAAUAAAAUGCAGCCUUUGGUUUUAACGGUUUUACAGGAACAUAUUUCAGGAUGUUUCUGAUGGGGGAGGAGGGGAGAAAGCAAUGGUUCCUUUUGUCCAAUUCUUGAACUAAAAACUUUCAAUAUGUUCUCGAACAAAUUUUGAAUGGAGAAUAUUUAAGCCGUAAAUCUGCUUCUCUAGCCGGGGGAUUUGUGGCAUCUCUAGACCCUAUACACUUAUAUUGAAGGUUCGCAAUUGGCAGCACAGAUAAUCUUACAUUUUUGGUUUAUAGCGCUGCCUUUUAGUUUGGCACAAAUUCCAAAUUACAAAAGUUCUGGUUGCCAUAGCUUUCCAGCUGAGGAAAAUGGGGAUCUAUGUAGUAUUGGUCUAGUUAAUUGACUUAUUGAAGCCAGUUCAGCAAAUAAACGUCAGGAAGUAGUAUACAGUGAUACAUUUUUUUUCAGAAACAUUGGUGAGUAAACAGUUGGGAAAAGCUGCAGUCAAGUCCCAACCCUGUUAUUGUCUUUUUAUUUCAGAAUGACAUGCCUCCCUUGAGACAAAGAUUUGGUCAGUCUUGCUCCACCCUGUCUGUGACUCAUUUCAGUAACAUGUGAUGGCUGUCUUGGUCUGAUCUACUUCUGCAUUUCCAGGGUUACAUUGGCAAAGGAAAUUGGAGACGUCUUUAAAAAAUAGAUUCACACAAAAUGGAACAGGUUUCUUAAUUCCCAGUUCUGUCUUAUCUCAAUAAGUGGUGGGAAUUUUAUUUGCCUUCAUAUCUGUGGUGGAACAUAUCUCCAAUUUUGUAUGUUUUACCUUUUUCUGUUCGCGAGUCAUGGUAUAUAAACAUACUACAUUCAAUACCUGAAUGAGGAUCACCGUGGUACCCCAUUAGAACGUUCCCACCUAGUAACUUAAGUGCGAAAUUGCAAGGGAAGUAAUUAAUGAAUGCUUCCCCAUUUUGUCUCCUGAACUUGUGCAGCGGCACUUGGUCGUCGAGUGCCUGGAACUCUUUUCGGCUAGGCACUCGCAUGAACCCUGGUAAAGGUUAUACCGUUGCCCAUUCUAUUUCCCGACCCGACUGGGAGGACCAUUCGUACACCGAAAUCAAGAUAAUCCCUUGCAUGGUUUUCGCACAGGGACCCCUGAACAGAGACUGGCUGGGACACCUAUUUCCCUGGAACUAUUUUGGGCUUUCCCCUCGUGUCUGGCCUGUCACAAGUUUACCCCGGUGGCAAUCCAAUUCUAACAAAUGGAUCUGAGUGAUACUUGGCCAAGUUGUACACUCACACGAGUGCUAUCUGGGGAUAUAACUUUUUGGGGGUUCCUAGUUAUUAUGGGGGUACUUUUGGGCUACUGUAUUUUGUAUAGGUUUUUUGUACCUGAGCAAUGAUUGAAUUAGUUUCUCACGCAAUUAUCUCUCAGGCACAAAGGACCAUGGGAGUGGAAAACCCUGUAAGAUUGUGUUGGAGACCCCAUGUUAGGGGUCUGUGCAUAAAAGCAGAGUGUGGCCUGAAUAAAAUCAGUUGAUUCCCAGAACUAUAUUUCGUCUGGCUACUGGGGGAAUGGAUGCUUGCAUAUUUAAUGGUUCCAGUCUGGCUGAGAGAAGGAAUUAGCGGAGGUAACCAGUCGGGAUACCAGUGGUCCGCUACAAUAUCCAGACCUACAUAUGAAACUUAUGCUGAUUGCACUCUGACCUUCAACUCAUACAUUCAGGUUUAAACCAUCCACCAUGACUGAAUAUUACUAGGUAGUGCCCAUCCUCAUGUUAACACAUACUUCUCAUCUGUCCCAGAUCUGGCAGUGUAGUCUUAAUUUGAGACCCUCUCUUAGCAAAAACAGAGGAAAUCCCCCAGGAGUGAAAGCUCAUAAAAUGUUUAAAGAGAAACUACAGUAUAGUCAUUAUUUAAAUUAUUAAAAAAAUUAUUUUAGCUUAAUGAAGCAGUUUUGGUGUAUAGAUUAUGCCCCUCAAAGCCAGACUUGGAAAAAUGUUGUCCUGGGUCCUCUUUCAAAGGGACUAAGGUUUUGUGGUCUGGAACUCUUAAAACGGGACCCAAGACGGGGUGACUACGAUAGAUUUCGAAGACAAAGAGAGUGUAUGUGGAUCUAUAAACUUAAAGGACCACUCUAGGCACCCAGACCACUUCAGCUUAAUGAAGUGGUCUGGGUGCCAGGUCCAGCUAGGGUUAACCCAUUUUUUAAUAAACAUAGCAGUUUCAGAGAAACUGCUAUGUUUAUUAAUAGGUUAAGCCUUCCCCCUAAUCCUCUAGUGGCUGUCUCAUUGACAGCCACUAGAGGCGCUUGCGUGCUUUUCACUGUGAUUUUCACAGUGAGAGCACGCCAGCGUCCAUAGGAAAGCAUUGUAAAUGCUUUCCUAUGCGACCGGCUGAAUGCGCGCAGCUCUUGCCACGCGUGCGCAUUCAGCCGACGGGGCGGAACGGAGGAGGAGAGGAGGAGAGCUCUCCGACAAACAGUAAAAAGGCAAGUUUUCCCCCUUUUACCCUUUCCCCCUUUCCAGAGCGGGGUGGGAGGGGGUCCCUGAGGGUGGGGGCACCCUCAGGGCACUAUAGUGCCAGGAAAACGAGUGUUUUCCUGGCACUAUAGUGGUCCUUUAAGACCCUGCACCCAAAAGGUCUAAAUGAGGUUUUUUUCUCCUCUUUAAUAAUGUUCCUGGUCAGUUUAACUUGAUCCAUAUGGCAAUGAAUGACAAACACUUCAUUCAUUCAAUCUUAAUUUAUGAUCACUCUGUGGAAUAAGCACUUUUAAUCAAGCAGGCAUAUUUUUCGAUCAGUAAAUCUUUUUUUCCUAUGAAUACUGGGAAGUAUACUACUUGGAUACAUAUGGUUUGAACUAUGAGUUCAUUGUCCAUGGAAUGUUAGACCCCAAUCUCUGCCUAUUCAUUCUUUUGGCCUCCACAUAGAAAAACGUGCAUCAAAACUUUAUCCAAAACUAGGUGCCCUGUACAGAAACAAAUCCUGCCCAACCCCUACAGUAAAGGAACAGAUUGUACAGCAAAUGCUGAUGCCAAUCAUGUAGUAUAUGCACCUGCACUGCAAACGCUCCUAAAUAAGCUUAAUACAUUGUAAAACUCGUGCUGCCGCUUUGUGCUACAAUGUAAUUACAGGACCCACCAUUGUGCCCUGCUAAAAACUAAACUGGCUGUCGCUGGAAUCCAGACGCACCCUUCAUCUUUCCAGCCUUGUGUUCAACCCCUUAAGGACUGGACUGUUUUUGUGAUGUUGUACAUUUGCGACCAGGUCUCUUUUUACACUUUUGUGGUGUUUGUGUUUCGCUGUGAUUUUCCGCUCUCUCAUUUACUGUUCCUAUACAAAUUAUAUAUUGUUUUUUUUUCAGGACAAAAAGGGCUUUCUUUACAUACCAUUAUUUAUAUAAUCUCAUGUAAUUUAAAAAAAUAAAAAAAUAUGAUGACAAAUUGAAGAAAAUACAUGUUUGACUUUUACUUGAAAAUUCUUUUACUCCUCUACAAAAGCGAAUUACAAAAAACUGCUAAAUAGAUUCAAAAUUGUGUACGGAGUUUAAAAAUACCCAGUGUUUACAUGCUUUUUUGUUUUGCAAGUUAUAGGGCUAUAGGUACAAGUAGGAUAUUGCAGUUUCAAAACACAUUUUUAAAAUUUAUCAAUAGUGACAUUGUAACACUAUUAUCUGUCAUAAAUCUCUGAAUAACACCCCACAUGUACAUAUUUUUUUUUUUUUUUUUUUAAAGUAGACAACCCAGGAUAUUCAAUAUGGGGUAUGUCCAGUCUUUUUUAGUAGCCACUUAGUCGCAAACACUGGCCAAAGUUACUGUUUGUACUGUUAUACUCGGGAGACUUUGCUGAACACAAAUAUUAGUGUUUCAAAACAGGAAAACGUAUCUCAACAAUUAUAUCAGUAAAAGUGCUGUUUGUGUGUGGAAAAAUACAAAAAAGUCACUUUCACUGACCAUAUCAUCGCUGUGAUAUGGUUUACUGUUUUGAAUCACUAAUAUUUGUGUUCGUCGAAGUCUCCCAAGUAAAACCGUACCCCCCCCAUGUACAGGUUUUAGGAUGUCAUAGAAAGUUACAGGGUAAAAUACAGUGCUAGCAAAUUAAAUUCUCUGGUUUUCGGCCUGGGUUAGCAGGCAGGUCCCUCAAAUUGCAAUCAAUAAAAUGACUUAAUUAUGUAAAAAUAUUACAUAAAUACACACGUAGAAUUUAAAUAUAUAUGCAUAUUUAUAUAUUUGAAGUCUACGUGUAUAUUUAUAUAAUUAUGUAAUUUUGUAUAUGGACAUAUGUAUAUUUCGUAUUUUUAUUUAUAUAUAUAUAUAUAUAUAUACAAUUUCAUUCUAAGUGUAUUUUGAUGUAAAUAUAUUACUAUCAAAAUAAAGUUAGAAUAAAAUUUCAUAUAGAUAUAGAAUUUUUUAAAAUUUUUAUUUUUACAUGUUUUGAUUUAAUUUAAAUUACUUAUUUGUAUUUUAUAAUAUAUACAAUAUAUAGUUAUAAUAUAUAUACCUGUCUAAUUUAAUUAGAAGUGUAUUUUUAUAUUAUAUACAUAUUAAUAGAAAAAUACACUUAGUAUGACAUUAUAUUUGAAAUAUAGACCUAUUCGAUAUAAGUCUAUAUACACAUAAUUUAUUUAUUAACAUUAACAGUUAUUUAUUUUUGUUAUUUUACACUAGCAGGGAGACUGUCAGCAUAGGCAGCCCCCUUGCAGGCAGACACAUGGACACCUAUUGUGACCAUGUGAUUGCGCUGUUGAGCGAUCACAUGGCCCCAGGGGUCCUAAUCCACCAUGGGGAGACUGUCUGGGCUGCAUGCAGUCUUCCCACACCGGGAGCGCCGCCGGGGGAACAACUGCGUUCGGGUAAGUACAUCUGACCAUUAGGACAGUUCAGGACAGUCAGUGGUUGGCAACACAAAAAUACCGAUGACGGUCCUGAACCGUCCUUGGUCCUGAAUGGGUUAAGAGCUUUCCUGGGAUCUCCCACCCUACCUGAGCAGAAUGCUCUCCUCGGCUGUUCCCACCUACAAUCCAGUACCAGCACUUUAUUUAGUCUAGCUCAAGACAAAAAGAAAGUGUCUCGAUCCUCCUUUUUCUACAGAGCACCGCAAUUAUGGAACGACCUCCCGCACACUUUCAAAUCUUCCCCAAGCCUAAAAUCCUUCAAGAGAUCUAUUUCUACACCUGUCAUGGUUUAUUAUGUUUCUUACUGAUUCUAUGUUAAAUUUUGUAUAUAUUGUGUAUUAAUAUUGUUUAUGUAUUUUAUUGUACUCUAUUAUAUCAGUGCAACGUUUUGUGAACCCAGGACAUACUUGAAAACCAGAGAAAUCUCAAUGUAUCCUUCCUGGUAAAAUAUUUUAUAAAUAAAAAAUAAAUAUAUGGAGUGUCUUAUUUCCUUAUAGAGAAUGGUGUUCUUAUCACGAAUAGCUUUCUGUCCUUAUCACAAUAAGAAGCUUAGUGAAUAAGCCCCAUUUGUAAAUAUAUGAAAUAAGGGAGAUUGUUUUCCUUUUCAUGUUUCAUCCCUGUUUCAAAUACUUUAAUAUUGUGAAGUAUAAUUACUAGGGGUUGACUUACAUCAAAUUAUUGGAUAAUGUUCUCUGUUACGGAAGCCAUGACUUAUCACAUCAAGCCCCUAUGUAACGCUCCUUAAAUUGUCGAACCCACUUGUUCCCUUGAGUUUGGUACCGUUAAACUACCGAACACAGACCACCCCCUGGCUCGUUAAAUUCACAGAAAACCCUUAACUCAAGUGCUCUCUCUAGGUGGCCGCCAUUUGCAUAAUUGAAACACAUGCUCAGUGAAUGGCGGCUCUCUUGUCUCCUGAACGCAGGCAGCGGUACUUGGCCAUCGAGUGUGUGGAACUAUACUUAGGACACUUUACCUCGCAAACCCUGGUAAAAUUGUACUGCUGCCUACUCUGUCCCCAGAAAAGCCAGGAGAGCGAUGUUCGCUCCUUACGAGCCUGGGGAAGCCUUUAAUAACAAGCGAAUAGGAACUCCUGAAUAUUGACCGACCACUACCCCUUUUCUUAUGAAACCAUUUUGGGCAGUUGCCACGUGCGGUCGGUCAAAACUUUACCCCGAUGGCAGUUUGGCUAUAGUGCAUGGAUCUGAGCGCUAUUUGGACAACUUGGGUACCCGGAUCCGGGCUUUCCAGGGAUACCAUGCUUGUAGGAAUUUUGGGGUGUUUUGUUAUAAAAUAUUGUACCUCUAGUGUCUGGGAGAUAAUUAAACCCUUGACAUUCUCCAUUUUAUUUUAGCCUAUUCCAUUCAUAUGUGACACUAGAUAGCAAUCAGGUAAUAGAUUUGGUCCUGCAUAAUUUGAUAAAUCCACAUGGUGUAUGAAUUGAUUGUGACUGUAUUUAAGUACUUAAUUGAUACAAUAUAUAUUGGUAAGAUAAGUCUUCAUAGCCUCAGCUCAGAUGUCCUACUAAAGAAGCGGUUUAACUUGCUAACCCUGAAAGGGCUUCUCUUUUCUCCUCUUGCGCCGAAACGCACGUUGAGCUUAUGCUAAUUUUUUAAAAUAUUGUUAGGUGUAACCCUUUACAUUUAAGACCAAUGCAAUCCUGAUAGUGAGAAUCUUUUGAGGCAAGAUCUAGGGGGACUGCCUUGAAGCAGUUUGAUCUACAUAUUAGGGGGGGGAGGUUAAGAGGAUUAGCUUUAGCUAUAUUGUCUAUCAAAUACAUGUUGCUGGUCAGGGCCGAUCCUAGAAUCACAGGUGCCAUGGUGUAGAAUUUUUUUGGGCGCCCCAGGUUGGCGUGGUCAUCUUUCUAACCCCUCCCCUUUGCAACGAUUCCACCUCUCCAUCUAGACACACACACUCACUGACAGUCACACUCGGUGAGAGACACACCCACUUACUGAUUUGUCACACAUUGACAGAUACAUACUUAGACAGAAACAUUGACACACUCUCAAUGACAGAUUGUCACGUCCUGUUCCUGUUAUGGAUCAUUUCUGGCCAUGGCUUCUGGUAUCCAGUAUUCCUUUUACAAUUCUUAUUUAGUUUUUCUGGUUUUCUUUAUGCUGAGUUUUCUGGGUUCAUUCCUUUAUUACGUUCCUGGAAUUCCCAGUCUUCUGGAUUCUCUUAAACGUUUUUUUGUUGCCACACCUGUUCUCUUGCUAUUUAAUCCUUUCUGUUUCAGUCGGUUACUGCUAGCAGUGGUUUCAUUUCAUCUGCUCCUUUCAUUGCAGGAAUGUACUGUGUGUUUUAUUAUUAUUGUAUUUUUAGUCAUGAAUAUCUAGGCAGUUAGGACCCACCAUAAUUGGAGUAGUUACCGCAGUGGUGGGCUGCAUACAUCUUGGCCAUUUAUGAAUGUCUAAAUCUCCAAUGUUUAUUACAUAUAUAGUACUUGGUUAUGUCUCCUCUUGUUUUACCUUGGAUCUCUUGUCUUGUUUUAUUUUGUCUUGUAUUCCCAGUUCAUGUACAGUCCUGUCCUGCCCUGUCACAUCCUGUUCAUGUUUCCCUCAUGUAUUGUGUAAAUAUUCUGGGUUCUGCUUUCUGUCCUGCUCCGGUUCUGGGUUCUUCUAGUCUUGUCUUAUCUUUGGAGCCUGUUCUAGUCUUGCCUUGUUUCUAGUACUGGAUACAUUUAUGCUGCAGAGCCUCCAUAUCCAGAUCCUGGGAGGUCUGCAUAUUAUCAUCUUGCACCUGGGAUCCACAGAAGCGGCAUCAGGGCCUUGGUAUGUGGCUGCACAAAUGCUGGUGCUAAACACCAGGGGGCAUGUGGUUACCCUGCACCAGACCCUGAUAGUCCAUUUCCACGCUGUAACUCCUAUCUUCAUCAGGCAUACAGGGGUGUCUCUGGACCGACACCCAUGACACAGAUACACAAUCUCACUGAUUUGAAACACUCACUAACAGACACAAAUGCUGACUGACACAGUGGUACACAAAACAAGGAAGUCCAGCACUCAGCGGUUUAAAUCAAAACUUACAUAAAAACACAAUUACACACACACUGCCCCAUGCAUACCUAGACAGUCACACACAAUACACACACAUCCACACUGUCAUAUGGGCACUGUAUCAGUGUCACAUACACACAUUCAUUGCCUUUAUGAGCAUUGGGAGGUGGAGAGGUGGCCAGGGUCCCUAGUGUCUAGUGGGAGGCAGGUAUUCCUUUCUGCUUCCCCUCUGUGAUGCAGCGGCUCUAGACUUGGUGUCUCCCUCUUAAAUAAUUAUAUCUAUAAACUCAUUGUAUAAAUUAUUUUUUAAUGCAAAGCUUCUAUGUAAAAUGGUUUUCCUUAUUUCAGUUUGCUGUAUAUGUACAGUGAUGUAUGCACCCCAUACACAAAUGAAUACACAUACAUAUAAAGCCACAGAUCAUCUCAUACAUACAUAGACAUGCGCACACUCGCAUACACACACACUGUCACAUACAUACAGACACACACUGUCACAUACAGAGGCACAUAGCAAUAUACACAGUCACAUACAUAUCUGGUUAUUUACAAAAUGAUAAUUGUCAGGCUUUCAUAGUGGAUUUCAAAGUGGAUGACAGAAUAGUCAAUUUGGAAGCAUUGUAUUCAUGAAAAUUGUUUUAGUGAAUAACCUUGUCAAACAUGAAUUAACACAUACCAUCGCAGUCAUCAGACACACAUCAUCAUGGACACAGACGCACCAAAACAGUCAGACAUAUACGCAUUAACGCAAUUACAAACAUUCAUAAAAAACAGAGGCACAUUAAGACACACAAAGUCCCAUACAUAGACACACAACACACUUGGUCACAUAGACAUAGGCUUAUGUAUAGCAGGUUGGUUGGUAGGUUAAUUAAAUUGGUGUUCAGGUGUGUUAUGGGACAGGGUAGGCAGGUAGUUACUCAGCAGAGUAUUGCUGGUGUAACACUGCCUACACUCAGCAGCUCCUUUGCCAGCCACAUACUAGGGGAUUUUCUAGGGUUUGGGAGGUUUUUAAGGCUGCAUUCUAAAGCAGCCACUCACUCUCCUGAGUCCUACAGUGUUCCAAGCUGUGACACUCUUCCCUGUAGCGCCCCCUUUAUUCUAGUGCAUGGUCACAAAUGCCCCCUUAAAUGACCCUCGUGGUCCAGUGCUAUCCUAUAUCCAUUCCCCGGGUAGUCCUGUGGUGAAUAGGAAUUGCACGUCCUGUUUCAAAUCAUAAUACCCACUUCUUCAUGGCUCCGGCUUUCAAUGUUGUCAGAGCGCAGGCUGAGAAUCUGAGCCUGUUCUGAUUAACUGAGCGCCAGAACCACAAGGGAGAGGGUAUGAUCUGACUGCACCUACUACUGAUGCACACCAGUGGUCCACCAGGGAACCUUUUAAAUUUAAUAUGCUGGUGUCCAACUUGCGAGCUGUGUUGGCUGCCGGGCGUCUGUUGUCAUGGCGCACUGCGUAACCGCACAGCUUGCACACCCCAAGGGUUGGUCCUGCUGACACACACUGGUACUCACUCACACAAACCCUGACAGAUACACACUUGGUGUCCCACACACACUUGGUGACAGUCACACUGGCACACACUUACUGACAUACACACACACACUUACUGACAUACACACACACAUUUACUGACAUACACACACAUUUACUGACAUACACACACAUUUACUGACAUACACACACAUUUACUGACAGACACACACACACAUUUACUGACAGACACACACACACACAUUUACUGACACACACACACACACACAUUUACUGACACACACACACACACAUUUACUGACACACACACACACAUUUACUGACACACACACACACACACUUACUGACACACACACAUUUACUGACACACACACACACACACACAUUUACUGCACACACACACACACACACACACAUUUACUGACACACACACACACACAUUUACUGACACACACACACACACUUACUGACACACACACACACUUACUGACACACACACACACACACUUACUGACACACACACACACUUACUGUACACACACACACACUUACUGACACACACACACUUACUGACACACACACUUACUGACACACACACUUACUGACACACACACACACACACACACUUACUGACACACACACACACACACUUACUGACACACACACACACACACUUACUGACACACACACACACACACACACAUUUACUGACACACACACACACAUUUACUGACACACACACACACACAUUUACUGGCACACGCACACGCACACAUUUACUGACACGCAUGCGCGCACAAACGCACAUUUACUGACACGCACGCACAUUUAGUGGCACGCACGCACACACGCACAUUUAGUGGCACGCACGCACACACGCACAUUUAGUGGCACGCACGCACACACGCACAUUUAGUGGCACGCACGCACACACGCACAUUUAGUGACACACACGCACAUUUAGUGACACACGCACAUUUAGUGACACACACGCACAAAUUAAUUGUAUUUGUUGCUCCUACCUUUAGUAGUCUUCUGGGUCCUCUCACCGGGGUCCAGUGACUUUCAUGAUCUUCUUGCUCCUCUCUCCUCCCUCGCACUGUUUAGUGAUGCAGGGCCGGAAUUACAUCCUAUUCUGGCUCCUGGGAUCACCAGAGGGCGCGCGAGGGAGCAGGAAGAUCAGCACAGGCAGUGCUCCCUCGCUGCCGUCUGCCUCCUUCCUCACACAGCCAGUAUAUUGCUGCAGAGUAGGCACCUGCCGUUUGGGAUAAGCAGGUGCCUACUCUGCCUUGCUACAUAAAUGCCGUUCCGGGGGUGCCCUUAGAUGGCCAGCAGUGACAGUGCACCCCGUGCACCCACCCAGGAUCGGCCCUGUUGCUGGCUAUCUUGAACCCCUCCAAUGUAUCUAAUAUAUUUGACUGCCUAUUAGUUGUGUUGAUUUGUAUUACAUUGUGUAAGUGCCACUUGUUGCUAGUGGCGUAGAAUGAACUUUUUGUACUAACUGUGGUCUAAUCCAAUACCAUAGAAAUCCAUAGAAAUCUAAAAACCAAUUACGAAGAGUGAAUUUUAUGGUAUAGAUAGCUUGUGCUGUUAGGUUUCCAAUUAAGGGGAGUGGGAUUGGUGUAGCAGAAUGGAGACCUCACAAUAAUAUAUAUAUAUAUAUAUAUAUAUAUAUAUUUGUCACUCUACCUUAAUGUAGUUAUCAGAAAAAUUAAUAAAUGAGGGCACUCAAUGGAUUUUGUUCAGUCAAAUUUGUGUUGUGGUGAAGAGAUCAACAUUUUGACCCGUACUCUUCGAUAAAAAUAUAAAAAAAAUUAUUUUAAUUUAAAAAAAAUAUUUUUAGAUUUUUCUUUAAUUUUACAUUUUUUUUUUUUGUUCAUUUUUUUGCAGACAUGUACACACCAUGGGUUCAGUCAGAGAUGAAUGACCUCUACUGAGAAAUAAAAAUAGUUUUUUCGCUUUGAUACCUUUUUCGAUUUAUUCAUUAUAUAGGUACAUACUUGUUUGAACAUUUUUUUUCUUGCUGUCCAGUUGGCAUAGGAUUACACUUAUUUUGGCUAAUAUUAAAUGUCCAUAAUCAUUAUAUUCAUAUAGAAUGUAUUUGUGUGUGUGUAUUUGUGUGUGUGUAUAUAUAUAUGUAUAUAUAUAUAUAUUUGUUAUUCACUAUAUAUUUUAUCAUACAUAGACCAAUGAUUGUCCCUGCUGACAUGUUUUCUAGAUGUAUGUAUAUAGACCCUUUAUCAUCUUUUUAUGUCACUUUCUAUUUCUAUCGGUUUUACUACACUUUGCAGUGUUCACCUAGCAUUGAUUGUAUUUUCUCACAUCACUUGUCUUUAUCUGUUUUCUAUUAUUAAGGUCUACAUAUUGUUUCACCUUUUCCCUUCUUGAUACUCCUUAUGUAUGUUUUGCUUUACACAUCUUUCACUCUAUCUGUAUUUCUUUUCUCUUAUUCAUAAUUCUUUGCCAUCACUUCUGUUCACAACUUUUUUUAAAUCCCCUCUGCGCCCUACUAUUUUAGUCUUUAAAAUCCAGCAUCUAGAUCAUUUUGAUAAUUUGUAUCCAUUUCCUCCUAUCUUGUUUUACCCGCUUUCACACACAAGCACCCUGUACACUAUUGCACACUUUGUCUCUCUUGAGCGUCACCAUGGUAACGGGUCACGAUCACCACGGUCCAACCACAGAAUUUUGAUCAAGUCAUCACAUACGCUCACUCAUGCAGUCACUCCAAUUUUACUCCACGGCGUCUGAACACCGCGGUAAGUCAUAACCUUAUUAUGUCUUAUCCCCUGUAUAAACUCUGCACUGACUGUUACCCAUAUCUUGAUAAAGACCUAUGGGUCGAAAUAUUGAUCUCUUCACCACAACACGAAUUUGAGUGAACAAAAUCCAUUAAGUGCUCUCAUUUAUAUAUAGAUAUCUAAAAUACUGUCCUCUUGUAUUUGCCUGUUUCAUCCUUUUUACGUUCGGGAGACGUCAUACGAACUGAAUUCUUUCGUCUACUGAACAAGGACCACCCCUGUACCCCAUUAGAAUGUUGACACAGACCACUUAACCCCUUAAGGACACAUGACGGAAAUAUUCCGUCAUGAUUCCCUUUUAUUCCAGAAGUUGUGUCCUUAAGGGGUUAAGUGCGAAAAACGCAAGGGAAGUAAUGAAUGCUUCCUUGUCAUGGCUUACCUUAUUUGGAGUCCAAAGUGCAGAGAUGUUUGCACACCCUUGCAGAUAAACACAGCCCACUGUAACCAGAUAAGGAGCUACCUGGGCUGUGAAUCUGUGCACAGCGGCUUAGGCAGGAACAGUAACCGGGUUAUGGAAACAGACCAGGGCAAAUCCAGAAGAGUAGUCUGACAUGGUUCCAAAAGUUAGGGCAGGCAGCGAACAGGCAAUAACGAAUAAUCCAAACAGAAAGGGUCACAAGCCAAGUCAGUCUUAGGAAACGGGAUACAACAAACUGACAUUGCCCUCAGGGAGAGGCAGUGUUUUAUACUUGCAGUAAUGAUCAAUCUGCCUCAGGUGGACUUUGAUAGACAGGAAGGAGACACUGGUGAAGUCUAGUCCCCUAGUGCUGCAGACAAUGCUAGAAUAAACAAGUUCUGAAGUGGCUCAGAGGCAGGAAUGCAGACUUGGGAUGUAAAAGGACCCAGAUUCAAAUCCAGCCAGGCCCUGAUGAGUGAUGUCCACGCCUGGGUGGCCACCAUUUCGUAUAACCGAAAACGUGGCAGACAAAAGAAUGGAGGCCAUCUUGUCUCCCAAACGUGGGCAGUGGUACUUGGUCGUCGAGUCAGGCGAACUCCUUUCGGCUAGGCACUUGUGCGAACGCUGGUAAAACUUAGACCGCUGUCCGUUCUAUUUCCAAACAAACUAGACUAAUGACGUUCUGGAAAUAUGAACUACCGAAAAGGGGGAGCAUUCUUAUCCUGAAAUGAAGAAAUUCCCUUGCAUGGUGUUCGCACUGGAACCUCAUGAACGGGGACUGUCCAGGGCACAUAUUUCCCUGGAACUGUUUUGGGCUAGCGACUCGUGCCUGGCCGAUCAAAACUUUACCUCAAUGGCAUUUCUGUUUCACCAAAAUCGGUCUGAGUGAUUCUUGGAUAAGUUAUACUCUCAGGUCUGGGCUAUCGGGGAAUGUACUUUUUCUGGGGUUCUUAUGUACCGUGGGGGUACUUUGGGGAUUUUCUGUACCUGAGAGAAUUGAAUUAGAGGGUUUUUCUCACGCAGUUAUCUCUCAGGCACAGAGGAUCUUGAGAUUGGAACCCUUGUUAUUGUGUGGAAAACCCCUUGUAUGCGACUGAGCAUAAAGCAGUGUGUGAGACAAACUUAAGUUGUACUUCCAUAACUGUGUCGUCCAGUUGCUGGGGAGGUGGUGGGAUAUUUCUUUGGUGUUUCUCUUGUUUCUGAUUGUGCUUUGGUGGAUCCAGUGGAGAAGAGUCCCUGCUAGGACUAGGGCUUCGCUACAAUUGGUACUAUAACCACUUUAGUUUUGGUAAUAUACCACAACUGAAGACCACAGGUGCUGCUUAAUCUUUUGUUUGCUCAGGAGUGUGCUAAUAUAACUACAAAUAUCUAAGACCAGAUAGCUCAAUAUCUAGUUUGUCUCCAUAUGAGUUGCUCUUCUCCUUAAAGACAUAUCCUCUGUUAAAUUGUGACAUAAAUGUAUUAAUAUACAGAGUAACUUAUCCAAUGUAUGAUAUCAAGCUUAGUACUUUUUAUAGGCAUUCCCUCCUAUUUUAAUUCACGUUUAUUCAUUUAUUUUUUCACGUUAUUCUAUAUUUUUUUCACAAUAGUGUAUAUGUAGAAGUGGUGGCCAGUUAUUACUAGUAAAGAUUAUAAUUCUAUUAUCUCUAAUUGUAUUGCUAUUGUAUUGUUAAAAUAAGUGUUUUUAUACUGGUGGUAAUCUCUGGAGUUUGACUCCCAUCUCUUUGAGUUUGAUCUCUAUUUGACCCUUUUACUUUUACUUGUAAGUUUUAUCCUGUAAUCCAUGAACCAGUUUAGUAGCCCUUCUGUUAACUCAUGAGCCCCCUUGAAGAUUCGCCUGACUGGCGAAACGCGUGUCGAUGCUCUGCACUAACCUCUGGCAAAGAUUUUCUUUAUAAAAAUUAGACCUUGGACAUGUUUUACCAGAGUUGUAUAAGCAGGGUAUGGUUAUAAUAUAUUAUUUCCUUAAGUUGGUCACUUCGGCUUAGUAGAUAGCUUUUUGACAUAGAAUAGGUGCCCUUGAAGACGCAGCUUAGAAGUUUACAGUACGACCGAGUAUAGCACCAUUUUAGAGAUUGAUUUUAAUUACUUUAAACUCCGUGAUUUUACUUUCAUGCUGGUACUUGACAACUUGGGUGAGCUUUUUCUGUUGGUUAAGAAUCUUAGAAUAGUGAUUCUAACAGUUCCCUUCAAGGAAAAUUGCAACAACUGUAUCUUACUGAUUGAAAAUAUACACAUUGUUAUAUUCACUUAACUCAACAUAGUGCGUGUCCUGGGAGCACCAGUUUUCUUUUUACUGGCAUCUCUUAAGAAACACUACAGAUUUUUAGAUCUGGGCUCAGCCUACUAUUCCAGCAAUAUACCAAUUGAUUAUUAAUUGACUCCACAUAUUUUAUUUUUAUGAUAAAACACCUAUCAUCUCAUCUCUUUGGAUAAUCUGGUACAAUUUUUUUCUUUAUACAAUUUGGUUUAUAAUUUACAUUGAUAUUUUUAAAAAAAAUGUAUUUUGGUUUACCUCUUGAUUCACGAAUAGCAAUGUUUUUAAAGGAGCACUAUAGGAUCAGGAACUCAAACAUGUAUUCCUGACCCUAUAGGGUUAAAACCACCAUCUAGCCUCACUGGUCCCCUCAUGCCCCCUAAAUAUAGUAAAAUCUUACUUGUAUUCAAGCCUGAAGCUGCUGGCUUUGUCCCUGUUUCCUUUAAACUUGCCCGCUGACCUCAGCAGAAGUGGUAGCCUGAUCCAAUCACAAUGCUUCCCCAUAGGAUUGCCUGAGACUGAUAAGGAGGCAGAUCAGGGGUAGAGCCAGCACAAUUGAAACACAGCCCUGGCCAGCAUCUCCUCAUAGAGAUGAAUUGAAUCAAUGACUCUCUGAGGAAAGUUAGUGUGUGCAUGCAGAUGGAGGAGACACUGAAUGUUUGGAUGCAUUUUAGGCAUGACCCAGGAAGGAUCUCUAACAGCCAUCUGAGGAGUGGCCAGUGAAGUUAUCACUAGGCUGUAAUGUAAAGACUGCAUUUUCUCUGAAAAGACAGUGUUUAAAGCAAAAAGCCUGAAGGUAAUGAUUCUACUCACCAGAACAAAUUCAAUAAGCUGUAGUUGUUCUGGUGACUAUAGUGUCCCUUUGAGCAAUAUAUUAACCCCUUAAGGACGCAGCUUCAGAAGCUGGACAUACCCUUAAGGACUCAAGCUAUUUUUGCAUUUUUUGCUGUUUGUGUUCAACUGCAAUUUGCAUCGCUCUCAUUUAUUGAAUCAACACAUAUUAUAUAUCGUUUUUUAAAGGACAAGAUGGGCUUUACUUUGAUGUGACUUAUACAUAUAUAAAAUCUAAUUUAUUAUUAAACAUAAAAAAAAAGAAAAAAAAAGAAAUAUAUAUAUUUUUCACAGUUUUGGCAAUAAUAGUGUGUGUAUAAUAUGUCCAGCUUAGGAAAAGUAAUUCAAAAUAAAUUCAUUUAGGUUUCUUGUUUUUCAAAGUGCAUAAUAUGUAAAGGAUUUCAGCUUAUUUUAAAAGUUACAGGUCACAAAAUACAAGGAGUAAUAUAAAAUUUAAAUGUGAAAAAAUUUUAGAAGUUGGUAUGUUUGACUUGUAAGUUUGACAGCUGUCACAGAAAACAAAAUUGCUACACAAAAGUAUAUAUUUAAAUAAAGAAGACAUCACAGGCUAUUUAAGGGUAUUUUGACACUUUUUACAUAGCCUUUUUCCCACCAAUCUCUGCUACAUAUUGUAGUAAAAUUGUGUUUUUUCUGUUUUUUGAAAAACACACAUGUAACAAGGUUUUUUAAAUGUGUAUUUUGUAAAGCUGCUGUGUGCUAUUCCUGGUCAAAAUCCCAUUUUGUGUUCAGCAACAUCUGCUGAGUACAACAAUACCCCCAUUGUAUGUCUUUGCCACUAUUUUGGGAAGCUACAAUGAAAUAUAAGAGGCCAGACUAUUUCAGUUUCUACAGUUAGAAAAUUCAAAGAUGGAUUUAAUGGACCUAUGUCUUAUUUUGGGGCAUUAUAGUAGUUUGGUUGUUCAAAUGACCACACAAAGGCCUUCCAUUCGUGAAAGUAGACACUCCAGGGUAUCUCAUAUGGCAUAUAUUGUGCCUUAAUAUGUCGCCAUUUUUUCGCCAUUAUAUGUCAAAGUUUGUGGUAAAAAAAAUAUUUUCACAUUUUUUCCUUAAGCAUUACAUUUGUGCUGGGCAUUUUGUAUAUUUGAUAUGUUCCACUAUGAUCAAACAUAUAAUUACGCUCAGCUAAGUCUUCUGAGUAAAACAAUACCCCCAAUGUAUGUAUUUGACACUAUUUGUUGAUGCUACAGUGCCAUAAAGGAGACCUGACCAUUUCAGUUUUUAGAGUAGAAUUUUGAGAGACGGAUUUGCAGGGCUUAUGUUUCAAUUUGGGCCAUUAUAGCAGUUUGACUGUUUCAAACACCGCAAAAAGGCCUACCAUUUGUGAAAGUAGACCCUCCAGAGUAUCUCACAUGGCAUAUAUUGUGCCUUAACAUGUCGACAUUUUUUCACCAUGAUAUGUCAAAGGUUGUGGUAAAAAAAUAUUUUUUGCAUUUUUAACUUAUGCGUUAUAUUUGUGCUGGGCAUUUUGUAUAUUUGAUAUGUUCCAAUAUGAUCAAACACCCCUAAUUAUGCUGAGCUAUCUCCUGUGAGAAAAACGAUACCCCCAAUGUAUGCCUUUAGUCGUAUUUCCUGAUGCUACACUGCCAUAUAGGAGACCUGACCAUUUCAGUUUUUACAGAAUUUUAUAGGUUUAUGACUCAUUUUGGGUUCUAAUAGCAGGUUGCUUAUUCAAACUUUCCCCACAAAGGCCUACCAUUUUUUAAAGUAGACACCCCAGGGUAUUUCAAAAGGCCCAUUUUGAACCUUAGGGUGGAAUCAUUUUUUCGCUAGUGAGUACCAAGUCUAGUAGUAGUAAGCAUUUUCUCUGCCUUUUUGACACACACUGGGAUUUUACUGCAUAGUUUACAAUCCUUAGGUGUGCUACGGCAGUAUAACACUUCAUAUGUCACUCAGCUAUGUCGUCUGAGUACAGCAAUACCCCUGUGUGUACCUUUCUCAGGUAUAUGUGGAUGUUGAAGGGGCAAAUUUGAGACUCUGCCAUUUCAGGUUUGUUUCAAACUUUGAAUUUGCAUGCUGGGUCCAUGUCCCAUUUUGGGUCAAACUCUGAGGCACUGUCUGUCACCUCUGAAUCCGCUGUCAGAAUUCUCUAACUGUACUUCCAAAGCAUUUUAAACUUUUUACACAAGAACUUUAACAAAACAAUGUUUUAUUUUUUUGUUUUUUUUUAUUUGUAUUUCUACCCCUAGCAUACGCACUAAACUCCCCAAUUUCCCAGGAACUAUCAUCCACCCCAAUUAACUAAAUAAAAGGUAAAAAAAAAAUUGUAUUGAGAAUUUAUUGGCUCUGAGUAUGAAAUAAUUUAAAACCGUUCCCAAUACAAAGGCCAGGCUGAGAGGGACAAUCAGGGCAGUAGAAACUGGUCUCCGUUCGAAUGCCUCUCUGGUAACACAGCCUGCACCUUUUCUGGGGGGUCUUUUUUUUGGGGGUUGGUGGUAUCCGAAAGCAGAAGUGACCUGUCUGAAUAUCUCUGCUGCUAGGCCCUGCUGAUGGCUCCCCACUGUGGCACUCAGUGAGCAGCACAGAAAUGAGCUGAAACUGAAAUGUAAGAAAAGUACAUUUCAGCUGAGGAUUUGCCUUUUUGAAAAGGAUGAAUGCAUUGUGAGUAGCCAUUUGCAUUAAAUAAAUGCCCACUUUCUUAUACCAGGCCCUGGUCUUUCUCAUUAUCAGAUAUGGCUGCAGCAGUUGAUCAGACAGGUCAACUCCCCCCAUGUGUUUAUUGUAUUGCUUAAUGCAGACAGGCAGCUGUCUUGUUUCCUGUCUGCCACGAACUGCGACCCUGCGUGUGUGUUCACUGUGCAUGGUAGUCAGUAUGAACACCUCCUUUUUGUCUCUGUAUUUCAGAGCCAGCAGUUCAUCCUGGCAUAGAGCAGCCGUUUCCCCCUUUUUAAUUUUUUUCUCUGCCAGAGCCUUGGGGAAGCCAGUGCGUGUCUUGCGGAUAGUGCCGCAGACCAGUCUCAAAACAAUAUAGCAUUUUUUAGAGGGGUAUGCUAUUGUAGUAAUUAUCAAGGUAGAGGUGGUACCCCUUGUUCAGUAGCGGGUUCAUUAGAUCCCAAACUAUUUUUCCGCUAGUCCCAACUACAUCAGGGCAACCUGGGGGAUCCCGGUGGCUAUCUUUACCUUCAUAUAUUCUGAAGGUAUAAACAUACCCACUGCUACUUUCACAUAACUUGUAUAGCUUGAUGCCAUACCGGGAUCUUUUGGCUGGGAUGUAUUGCUUAAACCCCAGUCUACCCUUGUAUUUCAUUAGGGACUCGUCAAUACAUAUAUUCUUUUGGGGAGUAUAAAUUAUGCCAAAUUCUUUAUUAAAAUGGUUAAUUAGGGGGCGGAUUUUAGAGUUUGUCAUACUGCGGAUGAUCUUUGGGGUGGCACUUCGAAUUAUCAUUGAAGUGCAGAAAACGCAGUACUGUUUCGUAUCUGGGCCUACUCAUGGUCUGAGAGAAAAUGGGAGUAUUGCAUACUGGGUUUUUGGACCAGUACAUUCGGAUGCUGGGCUUUGUUAUAAUUCCCAUUAGCAUGGUUAGUGCCCAGAACUGUUUUAACUCUGGCACACUGGUGGGGUACCAGCUCCCUUUUGUGGCAAGGUGACUUGUUGCAUUUUGUGCCAGAUACUGCGCUGCAUAAAUAUUUGUUUGUGUAGCUAUCUGCCCUAAAAAAUCAUCCCCAAGGAACAGCUCCAUAAAAUCCUGGGAGUUAUAGCUGGUCACGUCUCCCUGAAUACCAGGAGUCGCAGUGAACAGAGGGAUGUCGGGGACAAAAUUGUUAGGGGGCACCCAGAUAUCAGCGCCAGGAGCAGUGCCAGGGGUAUCGUCACUUUCUUCAUCUGUCUCUGAGGCAGUGUCGGUUGCCUCUGAGUCGGCUGCUAAUAUAUUAUAUGCCUCCUCGGCACUAAACUUUCUAAGCAUGGUGAAAGCUUAAAAUUAACUUUAACUAAAUAACGUAUUUUUUUGUUUUGUUUUUUUAACUUUUUUUAUACUUUUUUUUGUUUUCUGAAUUUUUUUGAUACUUUUUUAAACUUUUUUAAAACUCUUAAAAACUUUCUAAAACUUCUAAAAACUUUUUUAAAAAUGAACCCCUGUGGGUAAAAACAGGAAUCAGAUCACCAUGCUUACACCUAGCGAAGCAGAAAUGCUUUGACUUAAAAUAAACUAAUUUUUUUUUCUCUUUUUUCCUUUUUUCACUUUUUUUAUACUUUUAUAAACGUUUAAUAACUUUUACAAACUUUUAAUAACUUUCUAAAACUUUUCAGCUUCCUAGCUACACUAAUGCUAGAUUCCCCAAUUCCCCCUAGCUUCAAUCCACCCCAGCUAACUAAUUAACUGAAAAUAAAAGUAAAAAAAAAUAUAUAUAAAUAUAUUUAACCCCUGAGGGUUAAAAAGAAAAUAAAGUUAACCCCUGAGGGUUAAAAAAAAAAACCUCUGAUCUCAGUAAAGUACUGUGAUCAGUAUUGUGAUCACUGCUGCCAGUGAUCAAAGGGUUAAACUUUUACAGUUAAAGGGGGUAAAAGGUUUUUUUUUAAAACUUUUAAACACUUUGUGUCUGUCAGGGACACAAAGUUUCAAACGAUCCGUCUCUCUCCACUUCUAAUCGCACACAGAGGUGGAGGGAGGAGGAUCAGAAGUCCCAGCUGCACUGUGAUCGCUGUGACUGGCUGUCACAGCGAUCACAUGUGCUGGGACAGCACUAUUGGCUGUUGCUGGGCUUCCUCAAACGCCGAGGCACCCAGCAACAGCGUUAACCCCACGAUCGCCUACCUUAAGGGUAAGUCUGCCUUGACGGAAAAUUUCCGUCCAGCGUCGUUAAGGGGUUAAACGUUAUGUUUUGUCUAAAUUGAUACUAUUAGACAAGCACUUAUCUAUUUGUUACCUUCUAUAAAAUCUCUCCAAAUAAUCAAUAUCCUUCUGGAGGUGGGGAGCAGUCGCACCCUGUUUGAGCUCGAAGAGAAAUCUGCAAAUCAGAGUAUUUUACUGUACUUUCAACUCAAUAAUCUUAAUCAAGAAGUUAUUAAAACUUUACUAAAGCUGGGGAGAUCAGCAUAGACCUCUUGCUCGGCUGCACAGACUUCUCUGGCGACUGGUCCUGCAACCUACUGACGGCCCUCCUGAAGGUAGAGACACUGAAAAGCGGACGAUCUCUUGGUUUCCUGCCUACCUGGACGCAGCACAAUGGUGGUAGUCCCUUUCUUCCGCCGGUGAGGGUCAUCCUGGCACCCAGAAACCUUGGGUCCUGUGGAAGCAAACUUAAAAGUACAACCACCAGGGUUUCACCACCUAAAAGUGUGGUUGCCUUGUGUACACGAGCACACCACUACCUACUAUAUCCAGGCUGGAUAGCCAUUUUUGCAACAUUCUGGGCGAAGCUUGCCAGCAGGAUGCGCAGCAACACAAGAUGACAGCUACUGCCUUACCUCAACAACCGUAUCGGGCUUGUGCUCCUGGUAUGGUGGGGAUUUUAAUGGUGAAGGGCCCAGAACCAAAACAGAGGCAUACACGAUCAAUUGUCACUGCCUAGCUAUCGCCUAGCUCUGAGGCCACGGCUCAAGUCGCACUAUCACAGAAGUGCCAGCAGUGGCGCGCACUGAAAGACAAAUGGUACAGAAACUAUCCUGAAGGCGCUGACCACCACAGAUGCGAGACAAAGAGCGGAUAGAGGGCUUACCGGUUUGUUAUGUGUGACUGUCUUACCUACAGAAGGUGUUACCAUGGGGGCCUCUGAGCACUGUUCUGGACAUUGCUUACCUACCUGGGGUACUAUGUGCAUACCACCUUCUACUUUAAACAUGGGAUCCACUAGGUUUUUUAUUUUUGUAACAUCUUAUUUCCAUUUUCCAGAAUUAUAUUCACAAGCAAUCCUGCAGUUCGUUAUUUCACUGCUCCUAUGUCAGUGUGCACAGAUCUUGCAGUUUUUUUUCUCUAUAUUCCACUUAUGCUCAUGCUGACACCAGAAUUUAGUGUUUUGCUGACAAGCUCCUCCAUCUUCUUUUUCCCCUUUUACAAAAAAAUGCAACAAUCUAGACAUGUCCUGUAGUUCACUUGCAAUGCCUUGUGUAAUUUAUAAUCUUGAUGUGUCAUUUACUUCACUGUUUAUCAGUGCAUUACAAAAAUAAAGAAUAAAUAACAAUAUCCUUCUGAAGAUAGUCUCCAGUACUGCGUACAAUACUCCAAGUGAGGUCUCACCAGUGUUCUGUACAAUGGCAUGAGCACUUCCCUCUUUCUACUGCUAAUACCUCUCCCUAUACAACCAAGCAUUCUUCUAGCAUUUUAUGCUGCUCUUACAUUGUCUGCCUACCUGUAAUUACCCCUUGUAACAGAUCCCCUAUACCCAGACUGAGUAUAUCCACUGUAGUUCUCCCAAAUCCCAAGUGAAGCAGUGAUUAAAGCUCUGAGCUACCCAAACAUCAGCCUAGACUUGAUGAAGGGUACAACAGGAAUCAUUUAUUCUGGCCUGCUUUUAUUAUACACAUCAGGGUUACAGUCAUACACGCCCAUGUAUUUCUGAGUCAGGAUGACUAAGCAUAAAAACAUAAAAAUGCCCCAAAACAUCACAAAAAUAUAUAAUAACCCCACAAAACUCACAUUAUUAAAUAGCCCUGAUCUGAGCUCCCAAGUUCUCCAAAUACUGCUCAGAUCCAUGCAGUGUAGGGGAAACUCCACUAUGUCAAAGUUCUGACCGGCCGCACAUAUGGUCCUUUGCCCAAAACAGUUCCAGGGCGUUUGGUGCUUUGGCCGGUCAACUUUCGGGAACUCCUGUGGCUGCAAUAUGGGGUGCUCUGCCUGGGUCUUGGGUAGCAUUUGUUCCCCUUAGUCUCAGACACCUUCCCUCCAAAAAAAAAACCCUCCUGGCAGAUUUAAGUCGUUCAAAACCCUUAAAGCAUGGUUACCUCAUGCCAAAAAAGUUCUAUAACAUUCGCAGCUAAGUACCGCUGAGGUGACUGGAACCCACAAGUCCUCAUGCUGAAAUUAGUUCCAUAGUGGUCACGGCUAGGUACCGCUGUGACUAUACGUGUGUUUGGUUCAUGCGAAUGGUCGCCAGAGAGCCAGCUUUCAGUUACAUCCCCCGAACCAGGGGAACUCAGGGAAAGCUACUAAUGGCGGUUGGGAAGAUUUAACUUCCAAACAGGGACUUUGUAUAUGUCCCAUAGUGGGCAGGAGGCCAGCUUCUACACUCCAUGAAUUCAUGGCAAAGGUCCAGGGCAGGGAGUGUUUGUCACAUAUUUUCCCCCUCCUGGGGAGACUAACCAGGCGCCAGACCUCGAAUCGGUCUGGGUCUGUUAGUCUGGUGGUCUAUUCCAAAAGUUGUAGUGACCCAGAGGACCUCCUGCCAAAAUCACCUGUUUAUACAUCAAGGGUCUUGCUGGGAAGGGUAACUGCUAUAAUACACUCCUGAGGCACCACGUUGUUGCUGGGAGUGGAGGAAGAAACUAUAUGCUCCCUGUUGUAUGUACUGCUGCUGGGGAAUGGGACUGGUGGUCUCCACUCCCUGGAGCCCAAUCUGCCACCGGGGAGAGAGACCAGUUGUCUCCACUCUCAGGGAUGCCUGCUGUUGCUGGAGAGAGGAACCGCAAAUCUCCUCUCGCUGUAAUUCAGUCUGCUGCAGGGGGGAGAGACCGGUUGUCUCUUCUCCCUGCCUGGUACACUGCCGCUGGGGAGUGAGACUGACUGUCUCCACUCCCAGUGAUGCUUGCUGCUGCUGGGAAGAGGAACUGAAAAUCUCAUCUCCCUGUAACUCUGCCUACCGCUGGGGAGAAAGACCGGUUAUCUCCUCUCCCUUUAACUCACACUGCCGCUGGGGAGUGAGACUGACUGUGGCAAACCUAACACUGCCACUGGUUCUUGGAGGGGCCUUUUUGCCAGCCUCCUGCCCUGUGACUAUGGCCCUUGUAAUGAACUUUGGGUUAAAGACUCUGGUUGUGCCUCUUGGACUUAACCAGGAACAAUUCGGACUUUCGAAGCGGCACUUCGAACUCCCGAAGCCAUUCAAAGUGACAUUAGGACACGUGGUAGCAACCAUCUUGUUUAGUCGAAAGCAUCCAGCGGUGUUUGGUCAUCAAGUGCAUGGAACUCAAAUUGGACACUCGACAGUGCGAACACCGCUAAACUUUUACCUUCCAUGGAUGUUUGGCUAUUCGAACAGGAGUCGAACGGCGUUCGGUAAGAAAGAACUCCUAUUAAGAGACCUACUCUGACUGUACACCCGAACGGCUACGUUCAGUAUUUUGAACUUUACUUCGAAUUCCUGAAGUAGCCUGAUUCUCUGGAACUGUUUUGGACAUGGAACCAUGCAUGCGGUCGGUCAAAAUGUGACUUCCAUAAAAUUCCUGAAGCCCUGAACUGAUCUAGGUGACUUUUGGAUAUGUUGGUCACCCAGAUCAGGGCUAUUAGGGGAUGUAACAUUUGUCGGGGGUUUUGUGUUUUGGGGUUUUAUAAAAAUGUUUUUUCUGCCUGAGAUAAUUGAGUUUAUACAGUAUCUGACUCAAUUAUCUCCGAGGCAGAGGGGAGGGAUUGUAUGUUUGUUAUAGGAGUAUCAUGCAUUUAAUCACUGUUCCUUUUGGUCUGCCUUUGUGUUGGAGUCCCCAACAAGGUUCAUGUGGGCGUACCUCUUGCAUGGGGAUUGUCAUAAAAGGCCAGUGUGGCACCAUUAAAAUUCAGUUCCUCUUCACACUCAAGUCUCAUAUCAUGUGUGGAGGGGACAGCUAUAUUCGCUCUGUGGAUUGCUAUACUCCUUAUACUCGCCUGGGUUUUAAUCACUAGCUCUUAUAAGAGCUGUUGCUGCUACGCUCUCUGGAGUAGAAGAGGUUCACCCACUGGAAGCUGGACCCUGGUCUUAGGUCCAGGGUUGGUGGAGGAUGGCGAGACUCCGACCAAGCUGCGGCAGUUCGUGGGUCUACAGUGCUUAUGGUGUCUGGUAGAGUGCUUGGAGUCGGUGAGCACUUGGUGCAUGGACUGACGGAGGCAUCCGGUCGAGGGGUGCCAGGCGGUCCGUCACACCAACCAUCUCCGCGCCCAGGGAUGCUUGCUGCUGCUAGGAUGAGGUACCAACAAUCUCGUCUUCCUAAGACGCUGCCUGGUGCUGGGUAGUGAGACCAACUAUCUCCACUCCCAGGGAUGCUUGCCGCUGCUGGGAUGAGGGACCGACCAUCUCCACUCCUAUGGAUGCUUGCUGCUGCUGGGAUGAGGGACCGACGAUCUCCAUUCCAAGGGAUGCUUGCUGCUGCUAAACAGAAUCUAGUAGGUGUUGGUAGUCUUGCUCCACUUUCCAUUCAACCAUGACCAGAAGGGUGAUGUCUAGUCUCAGCCCGUAGUAUCGGGGAGCUCCAGUGCGUCCACUAGGUGUUCCUGUAUGUCCCAAUACCAAGACUCUGCUGUGCUACCAAAGGCAUUGUCUUCCUCCAAUGCCUCCCAUAGCAGACCAGGGCCGUCAUAGUAGUCUCCCUCUGGAGUAUCGCAAUCAGUCAUCCAAGGGCCCCUCUGGACAGAGUAACACCGUAGUGUCCGGUAUGCCUCGUCCAGUCACAAUUCCAACCAGAACAGGCGCUGGAGUUCCAUGAUCCACUCUUUAAGAGGCUGCUUUCCAAGGAAAGGCAUCCUCAGUGUCUCUUGUUUCCGUUGUCGCUGUUACGGCUGGGUAGUCUCACCAUGAAGCUCAUGUCCACUCCAGGGCCUCAUGCCAGAGCUCUCGCCGUAACACUUCUCUCCAUACUAGAUCCCCAUCUGCUGAAACAGAGCCAUACUCCGGGGCCAAGGUGUUCUCUAGUCUCCUUCCUCAUAUGGGGACACUGCCUGGGGGCUAGCUUGCUCCUUUCAAAUACUUCCUCAUAUGGGCACACUGCCUGGGGGCUAGCUUGCUCCUUCUCCCGAGUUUCUCUUCAGACUGGGACGCUGCUGGACUCUUCACUGCAUUUCUUGGUUUGGGAUAUCCAUUUGGGAGAAAAAUCUUGCCGCUUGCCACUAAUGUAACGGAUCCCCUAUACUCAGACUAAGUAUAUCUGCUGUAGUUCUCCCAAAUCCCAAGUGAAGCAGUGAUUAAAGCUCUGAGCUACCCAAACAUCAGCUUAGACUUGAUGAAGGGUACAACAGGAAUCAUUUAUUCUGGCAAGAAAGCCUGCUUUUAUACACAUCAGGGUUACAGACAAACACGCCCAUAACUCACAACACGCCCAUAACUCACAACACGCCCAUAACUCACAACACGCCCAUAACUCACAACACGCCCAUAACUCACAACACGCCCAUAACUCACAACACGCCCAUGAAUUUCUGAGUCAGGAUGACUAAGCAUAAAAACAUAAAAAUGCCCCCCAAAAUCUUAAAAAUAUAUAACUCCAUCCUUAAAUAGUCCUGAUCUGUUCUCCAAAUAGCGCUCAGAUCCAUGCAGUUUAGCGGAAACGCCACCUGGUUAAAGUUCUGACUGGCCGCACACAUGAUCCUAUGCCGAAAACGGUUCCAGGGCAUUUGGAGCUUUGGCCGGUCAACUUUCGGGAGCUCCUGUGGCUGCAAUAUGGGGUGCUCUGCCUUGGUCUUGGGUAGCGUUUGUUCCUCUUAGUCUGCCACCUUCCGUCCAAACACUGCUCUCCUGGCGGAUUUCAAAAUAGUUUAAACCCCUGGACCAAGUUCUCUCGACAUGUUUUUUUUUUUUUUUGAUAAUUGUCACUUAUAACAGUAUUUUAAAUGGAUCAUUACAGAGCAUUAUAGAGUAAGUGAACAUCUGAAAAUGAAACUUUUUUGUUUUUUAAAUGCAGGCUGUCCGUCACAGCCAGGGGAGGUGUGAAACAAAAAAAAUCAGCAAAGCCAGGAUAACCUCUUAACGAUGUUCAUAUAAGCUACAAAGCGAGUGUAAGGGAGAUCAGGAAGAAGAAUGUACAACAUAGCUGCUACUUAAUUACAAAGAUACGAUGAUGCUACAAUACCUGGAGUCAAUGUUCACUGUAUUGAUGAUCUUUUCCCACAAAGUAAUCUAAGAAAGGGGCGUAUUCAAGAUCCGUCUGGGUGAACAAGAUAUUUUGAAGCUGCUCCGUAGGCGGAACUAACUGCUGAAAUAUGAUAGGCUAAAGUGAAGGUGGGCUCUACCACCUUUAUCAACCAGACACUUUCAGUUUUAAAGUUUCUCCCCUGACGAAGGUGCUUCCAAAGCACUGAAACGCACGUCUGGAUACUUUCUCACAUCACUUAGCACUAUGCACUGAUCUUCAUUUUUCUUCAUUCACCAUUUAUUUAUAACAAAGAAAUGUAAAUAAGGGGAGGUUUGUACCAAGAAUCUAUAGAUAGUCAGAGAAGAUAUUGACCUAAUUGCAGCUAUAGGGACAUAUUAUUUAACAAGCACCCACGCAGGUGUCCUAAGGAUCUUUAAAGGACCACUAUAGGCACCCAGACCACUUCAGCUUAAUGAAGUGGUCUGGGUGCCAGGUCCAGCUAGGAUUAACCCUUUUUUUUAUAAACAUAGCAGUUUAUAAAUGGGUUAAUCCAGCCUCCAGUGGCUGUCUCAUUGACAGCCGCUAGAGGGCUUCCGCGCUUCUCACUGUGAAAAUCAGUGAGAAGACGCCAGCGUCCAUAGGAAAGCAUUGUAAAGGAGCAUUGAAGAGGAGGAGAGCUCCCCGCCCGCCGCUGGAAAAAGAGGUAAGUUUAACCCCUUCCUCCCCCCCUCAGCGCCACAGGAGUGGGACCCUGAGGGUGGGGGCACCCUCAGGGCACUAUAAUGCCAGGAAAACUAGUAUUUUCCUGGCACUAUAGUGGUCCUUUAAGCCGAAAUAGCCGCAUCCAGAUGCGUACAUGGGAAGCAUGCACGUACAGCUCACUGGACGAGGAGGCUAGAAAUCCAGUAGCUCAAAGGGUAAUAGCUCUUCCAAUAUCCCUUAUCCAGUAUUGUUUUGGGGGGAUUUUGAUAUGUAGGUGCAUGAUAUGUACCACAAGAAUUAUUGUCCUUCCUUUUGCCCUGAUCCCCUGUAUGUUUGUUAGAUUAUCGACAUAGCUAUUCAUUACCGCUGCUGUAAAUCGCCCUACAUAUGCAGAUUUCCUCCAAUAUUAUAUUCUUUUACUUGUUUGCUCUAAGCACUUGGUGAUCGAUGUUACCUCUUUUUUUUAGGAUUUGAACUGUAUACUCCCCUGUGUUGCUCCAAGCCAGUCAACCUAUACCUCUUUAACCCAAUAGUACCACAGUUUCAAAUUGGACCAUUAUCUGGAGAUUUAACUAGACCAUAUGUAAUUUAGAUAUCUACUCCUUGAGACCUAUGUAUUUGUUUGACAAUAGAGACCUUAAGCUGUUGACCCGCACUCAGUUUUUUUUUUUUUGUUUUUUUUUUUAUAACUAUAUGGAUAGGAUCAUUUAUGGGUGAUACCUUUUAGGCAAUGAUGAUAAAGCCUGCUGUUUUACCAAUUAAAUAAUUUUACACCUACCUUUUACUAGUUAGCUUUAAAUUCCUUACAUAGUUACAUAGUUAUAUAGCUGAAAAGAGACUUGCGUCCAUCAAGUUCAACCUUCCUCACAAAUGUUGCUGUUGAUCCAAAAGAAGGCAAAAAACCUGGUCUGAAGCGCUUCCAAUUUUGCCACAAACUAGGAAAAAAUUCCUUCUUGACCCCAAAAUAGCAGUCAGAUGUCUCCUUGGAUCAAGCAGCUAUUACCCCACUAAUUAGACAUUAUAUCCCUGUAUGUUAUGUUUUUGUAAGUAUUUAUCCAAUUUCAGUUUAAACAUCUGGACUCUGACAAAACCACCUCUUCAGGCAGAGAAUUCCAUAUCCUUAUUGUUCUUACUGUAAAAAAAACCUUUUCUUUGCCUUAGAUGAAAUCUCCUUUCUUCCAGCCUAAAUGUGUGACCUCGUGUCCUAUGUAUAGCCCUGUUUAUGAAUAGAUUUCCAGAUAAAAGUUUGUACUUGCCCCGAAUAUAUUUGUAUAAAGUUAUCAUAUCUCCUCUCAGGCGCCAUUUUUCCAAACUAAACAGAUUUAAUUUUUUUAACCUUUCAUAACUAAAAUGCUCCAUUCCUUUUAUCAAUUUUGUAGCUCGUCUCUGGACCCUCUCCAGUGUCAUGAUAUCCUUCUUUAGAACAGGCGCCCUCGUUAAGCGUUAUGUUGUACUCACCUUUAUUAGCCUGUUAACUGAUUAGUACCCAAGAAGAAUUUCUUGGAGAAUUUCCUUGUUUCUUGAUUCUAUAAAAUAAUUCAGAUUACUGAAAUACGACUAAAACUAAAUGGCUUUUUAGUCAAGACUGACUAAAACAAAAUUGAAAUUUGCCGCCAAAAUUAACACUGAUCUAUGCACAAAGCUAGUUUGGUGACUAUAGUAUAGUGCCAAUCUUCUGUGUGUACCAUACAAAUAAAGCGGUCUAUUUAUCACCAUGCAGCUACAUUUUCUGCAUGUACAAAAGUUGACCUUUUUAUCUCUUGCUGUGGUUUUAUGUAUUACUACCUGAUAUUUAUUCGUUGCUUUCUGUAUUAAUUUUAAGAACUAGUAUACAAUAUGUGGUCUAAUUGAGAGUAAGAGUCUUGCAGUUUGCUUUUCACUUUUUAUUUUAAUAUUCUACUUGUAUUCAUAUUCAAUAUAUUUUAACAUAUAUUGUGAUAUUUCUUUUUUUAACUCACACUAUUUUUAUCGUACCCUAGUAAAUGUGGGAUUUUAAUCUGGUUAUACAAAAUGACUGGCAUGACGUUCCUUCCAGAAUUCGUUAUCCUUAAGAGUUUUGUGUUGACGAUUGGAGAUAAGUAAAGUAAUUUUAGAUGGAUGGAUUGAGAUUAGUCUGGCUAAAAUUAAUUCCUGAGUUUGCCUGGUUUUAAGAUAGUGUAAUGUAAUUGUGAUUCAGAGGUUUCCUGGGAUGUGAUGAUGUCUAUACCAGUAUAAUCAACUUUUCAAGCUCAAAAUAAACCGAAAAGAAGUUACCAACGUAAGACUGAGCAAUUACAAUAAUUUGUCAGAUAGGAUUUCUAGCGUUUAUGAAGGUGUAGGGAACAUGCUAAAGCAACCCAACUAGGGCAGUCUUUUUUUUCUGGUGGUAGGUACAAUGGAAAAUAGUAGAAAGGUAGCAGCACCAUGUGGGUGUCCGAAUUGGAAUAAGUCAACAUGCAAAAUAAGAGGACAGGAAACACAAUAUAAGGUAGUAUGCACUUAUAGUAAAAUUGCACUUUUUGGUGCUUCUGAUCAGCUCAAAGUAUUAGCAUUUGGGUGGUACAAUCCCCACCUGUUGAUAUGCUGGUAGGUGAUGUCUCUGCAAAAGAUCUGUACAGGUCAGGUCUCAAUUGGGGCAUAUGGAAAUCUUUCUUUACAAAAGUAGUAGCAGCAAAUCACCCAUGUGAGUGUUUUAUAAAAUAAAUAAAGCAAAAUAGUGCUCACUGACAAAAGGUGAUAAAAAAAAAUAAUAAAAGGAGAGGUACUUACAUGAGGAAAACAAAAAUAGGUUUUGUUCAGUCCUAAUGUCAUAGGUGGUAUCCCCACCAAUGAUAGUCCGCUUGAUAAAAUCUUAGUCUGGAAGGUCCAAGGUAAGUAUGAAGUAUUGGAAUUAAAAUCAUACAAAGUAAAUUAUACUGAUGUGUGUAACGGCACCCCCAGGCAUAAAAGGGUUAAACUGCCGUUUAGUAGAUCUUCCCUUCCAGAGACACAGGCACAGCUACUGCAGAGCACCAAUCCGCCAAACAGGAAACCAUAUGAAUGCUGUAAACAGCCGAAUAGGAAAAACCAUACGAAUAGGUUUACACUCCUAGCAGUCGAACUGGAACAGCAUACAAUAAAUCCCCCCAAGAACGAGACAAAGCUCUGUGUUGAGGUCAAGCAGUGAACAGACAGAGCUGUGGGUUUAUUGUUCUUAUGUACACAUUCUUACACAUUAGUACCACCCACAGGGUUUUGGAACACAACCAAUAAACACAUACAAUACACUCAGACACUCCCACACAAAAUUCUCCCCUCUGCCUGUGAUUCAAUUACCCUACACAAUGGGUAAUGUAAUUAUAACAAGCAGAGAAAUACAAUUUUUCCACAUUAUUCAUAACUUGAAAAGUAUGCAUCACGUUCACAUAUAACUUACAUUUUCAGAAUCCGCAUACUCCAAAUACAAACAUACGUCAAAAUCAUACAAAUUGGUCCAGUGGUUCAAAAGAUAGAUCGUAGUCCUUUGUGACCAAAGGAAGCAUGGCUUUUCUGCCCAAAACCCGUUCCACAGAGUCUUCUAUCCUGGAGAUAAUUGUGAAGUAAUCAAAUUAUCUCCAAGUACAGAGGCAAAACUCCAUUGAACACAUGGCAGCAAAAGACAAUAAAACACAUAAAAACAUAUAACUGUGCAGCCAUUGCACAAAACAGGUACAUUCAACAUAUCCCCAGAUAGCUCAGAUCUGAGCGCACAUUACUGAAUGGCGCUCAGAGCACACACAUACAGUUCAAUUGCCAUGAAACCAAAGUCUUUCCCAUAGUCUUUCAUUAUACGAAUAGGCUCCAUGGCAUAGCUAUCUAGGGUAUCUCCGCUCAAACAGGGCAAGCACCAAAUGACCCGGCUUUCAUGUCUUUGCAGGGAAAAAUCAAGCCUUUUAACAUGGGCCCAUAAUCCAAAGGCAACAGGCGAGCAACCAGGCUUCUCCAAUGCAAUGUGGCGAGAUUGGUCUCGUCACAAUGUGUUUUGCCAAACUGUAGUUUUUUUCAAAAUGUUAGACAUAUGAAACACUCCUGUUUAUAUAGAAUACAAAUUUAAAAAAAAUUUAAUGUCAAUCAUGUGACAGGAUAAAUCAAUUAACAUAUAAAAUAUUAAAACCAAUGUAAAGCUUUCUAACAAAGCUUUCUUUUAUAUUUAAAAUGGAUUGGUUGGACACACUAACAAAGAACUCCUGGCCAGAAAAUUUAUCUUGACCUGGAGAUCAUAUAUACUCACCCUAGACGAAUCUUAAAAGACAAAGGUGAAAACUACUUUGGCAUACACGGCAUGGUUCCCUGCUGAGGUGCUGGGGGGUCAAGAUCCCCCCCAAGAUUAAUUACUUGAAGUUGCUUUUUUCACCUUACUCUCUGGCACUUGCUUACAGUGGUGUUGGAGGGAGGUGUGUUAGGGCAAACCGGCAAUUAGUUUACUCUGUUCUGUUUUAUUUAGUUCAGUUUUUCAAUUUACGCUUUGAUGGCGUAACGGAGCACUAGAACCGUGGAGCUCUUUUGGUGUACCUUCUCCUGCUCUUCGUUGAAAUGCAAACUAUUGCUUACCCAAUGUCGUGUAUAUUUGGAGAGUUCGCAGUAGUUGAACAUGUCGGCCACCUUCAUCAAAAUGGUUACAAUUGUAACAGGACUACAAUUUCUGCCUGGACUCCGUUAACAAUACAUAACCUGGAUAUACAAAAGAACCGACUUGCUUUUUUUAUGCGAAUUACUAUUGCCCAAAAACAAAUCCAAACUACCGAACACCGGACCACCCUGAUGUGAAGUUAAGUGGUAUUUUACCUCCCAGACCGGCGCAUCCGUUCGCAUGGUUCAGCAUGAAUCCUUUGUGUAAAGUAUAGGUGGCUGCCAUUUCGGGACUUUGCACGUUUUAGCGGCCAUCUUACGCACGAACAGCGGUGUUUUGCCAUCAAUCGUGUGGAACUAAAAACGGAUACGCAAACAGGCGAACACCGCGGAGACCUCUGUGACAACGUAGAUUCAUGCUGAAACUACCUAACAGCCGGCCGUUCGGUAGAAAGACUAAACCAUGCAUGGGGAUUCUGGCGAACGCCAAGAUAGCUGUGGAUGGCAAGAUUUUCAUGGGUUUUCAAUGCACGAACGGGGACCGACCGCAAGGUCAAAACUUGUGGAACUAUUUUCGGCUAAAAAGUCUGUGCGGUCGGUCAAAACUUCAAAGACCCAUAACUCCCGAACGCUUUAACCGAAUGGGCUGGAUUUCUGAUAUGUUGUCCCACUGAACAAGAGCUACUGGAUUUAAGGGUGUACUCCCUGGUUUUGGGGUACAUCCAGAACUUGGGUAAAAUUGUGUGUUAUAAUUAAAUGUUUAUCUGAGAGGAGACGUGGGGGUUGUACCAUGUGUGUGAUUGGGUAUUGUUAAUUAUGAAGGUGUAGCUCUUUCCAGGGCAGCAUUGCAUAAAAGGAGACCCCUGUCAAUAAACAUCAGUUUUCCUUGACCCUUCAAAACGUAGCCUUGUCUCGUUCUUGAAAGGGGAUUUAUUGUACAGUUACUCUGCUCCAUUUUAGUUAUGCCUGACUCUACCCUUGGAUCUCGUGGAUGGGAAUAAGAACUCCAUUACUACACAGCAGCUUGCCAGAAAAAGGACGUCUCCAACGGCAGAUACCCCCUUACCAGCUGGGUAGCCGUUAAAACAAUGUUCCAUUGAUAUCCUACUGGUAAAUGCUAAAGCUCAACCUCUUAACAAUGAUCUAUUUGGUUUUGUAAAACUUGUUUUGUUUGUUGAGGAAACUACAAAAUAGGGAAUGUAACUGAUUGAAUAUCACUUUCCAAUUAUCAAUGAGCCAUGACUGCUUUUAAGUUGUCAUUCGUGCCGUAUUUUUGUAUCUUGCAUUCACAAUAAAUAGUUUUUUGAAAAAAAAAAAACUUACUGAAUGAAAUAGCUGGCUAUAAGUGGAGAUAGUAUAUGGUAAUUGUAAAAGUGAGUACAAAAUUAGAAAAUAUAAGUGAAAUGGGCUAGGUCCCCUUAAGGGGAGAUUCCCAAUAUAGUCACCUUUCACCUACGUCUUAAAAUUGGCAUGGCGAUGGCAUCACAUGAUCAGUGUGGGAUGCGGCUAACUGUAAAAUAAAAAGAAAAAAGAUGGGAAUUGAAGGAGUCCUAUAAAGAGGGGAAAGUUGGGGGAAAAAAAGGACCAAAAAAGGAAUAAAGAUGUUGAAACUAAAGAUGAGGUCUGUACCUUUCCAAGAUGGUGGAAAGGCACAGAGAAAGAGGUGCAUGAUUGGGGAUGGUAGUUUAAAAGACGAAAAAAAGGAAGGUGAUAAUACAUAUACAAAUUAUAAAACCACAGAAAUAAAUAUUAUAAAUAGAAAUGGAAUAAGUAGUAAAAUAGAAUUAUAUUAAUGACUGUAGGACAUCGUAUGGACAUAUGAGAAACAGGAAUUAAAAAAAUAAACUAAAAAGCUAAAAAAUUUACAAACUAUAUUAAACAGGCAAAAAUAAUAAAAAUAUACAUAGAAACAAGGAAUUCACAGAAAAUUAUGGUAAAACAUAAGACAAAUCAUAAACCAUUAAAAAGAUCAAACUCUGCAUUUAACCGAUGGGGUGCCAUAAUAUUUAAAUAAAAAACCCAACUCAUCCUGUCACGGGGGGGGCGUUCGGAGGGUGGCUUACACAGGAGGGGAUGGGCGUCAACGAUAGCAAUGUACUGACUGUAGGAUCAUGACGCUAAAACUCACUUUUCUCAAUGUCAAAGGUAUGAAUUUCCCUAAGAAAAUGCAACUAAUGCCUAGGGAAUUGAAACGCCUGCACCCGGUCAUCGCAAACAUGUCAAGUUCUCCCUUAGGGAUCACAACUACACCAGGUCUACCGAGGCCAGGGCUUAGAACAAACGUAACUGGGUGGCUAUUCUGAUACAGCAUAGGUGCCCCCUCCGGGUUGCGGACACUAAAGUUGACCCAGAUGGACGGUACAUUAUACUUUCGGACAGCCUGUGCUCCCAAAUAGUACACAUAAUCAACGUAUAUGCACCGAACGCACCAGUGGCCAGCUUCUGGAGGAAUGUGUAAGACAAAAUUCACUCGCUACCACGUGGGAUGAUUGUACUGGGAGAUUUCAAUGCAGUGCCAUGUCCGGCCGUAGACAGGAGCACCCGAAGAUGUGGUCCCAGGGUUGCGGUGCACAAGACAAAUUAUUGCACAAGUUCAUGAGGUUGUCAGGCCUAGAAGACAUAUGGAGAGCCCAGCACCCGGGCGACAUUGACUAUUCAUUUUAAUCUGCCCAACACCGUAUGUAUUCGCGUAUAUAUCUAUUCCUGGUGAGUGAUUUCAGUGUGGUGCGGGUCGUCAGAUCUACUAUGGGAUCCAUCACCUGGUCAGACCAUGCAGACGUUAACCUAACAUUCGGAUACCUAGGAGUGGCAUCGCCUUGGACGUGGAAGCUCAAUGCAUCCCUCCUGUGCGACACCUCCAUAGUAGAAAUGGUAUAAAAAGACAUUACAGCAUACUCCGCUACCAGUGAUAGCCGAGAUCUGGCCCCAGGAACAAUUUGGGCGGUGCAUAAGGCGGUAAUUAGGGGGCACACUUAAUAGGCUGGUGACCCACAGGAAAAAACAAAACCCAGGUGUCAACGCAACUGUUGGAUUUGUUGAGGUCACUAGAACCACAACAUAAAACGGAUCUGAAAAGGAGAUUGCUUGCUUGACCGCUUAGAGGCAGUGAGGCGAUCAGUGAACAAGUUGCUCUUGGAUGAUGCAGCUCAAAAUAUUGUAUGGUCCAAAUGGACCUUUUACGAAAAAGCAAAUAAUGUGGACAUCCUCCUGGCCCGCUCAUUACGCCAGAGACUGGCAUGACAACACUUUACCUCCCUCAGACACCCUGACGGGUCUAUCAAUACUAAUCCUAUUGACAUAGCCUUGGUUUUUAAGGAGUAUUAUAAAUCCCUCUAUAAUCACUCCCCUGUAGACCAAUGCCAACAGGGGGGGAGAGGUAAACCUCACUAAAGCAUUUAUCGAACAUCUGGGAUUACCUAAAUUGACACCAGAGGUGACGCUACUACUUGACUCACAACAAGCGACGCAGGGGACAGAGCAAUAUCUGGACUUAAAGGGGAAAAAAAUCCCCAGGACCGGAUGGAUUUGACAGUUACUAUAAAAUCUUCCUCGAGGAGCUGACUCCACGAUUAGUGACCCUUUUUAAUGAUUUCCGAGAUGGAGGCUUCCCUACAGGCAAAUGUGUCUAGCUACGAUAGUGCUCCCAAAGCCCGGCAAAGAUCCACUGCUCACCGAACAUUACAGACCCAUAUCACUCAUUAACCAUGAUACGAAAAUAUUCGAAAAUCCUGGCAGACCGAUUGAAUCCCUUAUUGGCGAAACUAAUGCUGACCAAGUUGGUUUAUACAGGGCAGGCAAUUGUUCGAAAACACACGCAGGAAUAUAGACCUCAUUUGGCACUAGGUAGCCACCAACACCCCCACCCUCAUUGUUUCUUAAUAUGCUGAAAAAGCAUUUGAUUGGGUCAAGUGGCCCUAUCUUUUAGUCCUCCUCACUUUCCUAGGUUUCCCAGACUCUUAUGUCCCCUCCAUAAAAGCUGUGUAUUCUAACGUAAUGGCACAGGUACGCGUCACCGGAGCCCCCCCCCCCCCCCGUCCCCCCUUCUAUUCGUCCUAUUUUUAGAACCACUCUAGCAAGCACUAAGCAGACACCCGAAUGUUCGGAGGGUAGUGGUGGGAGGGCCGGAGUUUGUGGCCUCAGCUUACGCUGAUGACGUUUUGUUGACCCUAACGAAACCUAGUACCUCCAUGGCGGCAGUCAAGGAUAUUCUCACUUGAUUUGGACUAAUAUCAGGGUAUAAAACAAACAUGACCAAAUCUAGCACUAUCCCGAUAGGGAUGUCUACGGAGGACACGGCAUCUAUAUGCGAGGCUCAUUCUAUACAGAUAGCCAAAAGAUCAAUCUCUUACCUAGGGAUCAAACUGACUUCAGACCCCACAAAAUUAUACGAACUAAACUACCCCCCUUAAUGAAGGUCCUUACUAAUUACAGGGAGAAGCCUAUCACUUGUAUUGGUCGUAUACACUGUAUCAAAAUGAACAUAUUACCAAACUUGCUUUUCCUAUUCCAAGCUUUAACCUUUACCCCUGGGUUAGCACCACUUCAAAAAGCGAUAGGUGAUUUUAUUUGGCACACCAAGAAACACAGGGUGUCGCGAAACGUAUUGUACCGCCCAAAACGACGGGGUGCCCUGGGUCUUCCCAACCUGUACUUUUGUUACCUGGCAAGUAGCCAUGUGGCACACCCCCUUGGAGGCGAGGAAGUGGGUGGAUCUCGAUUAGCUCCUGAUGGGAGCAGACCUCCCACAAUACAAUAUGUGGGUACCAAAGGAUUUCAGGCCUUUGAUGCGGACAUCGUGCCCAGCCUUCUUAAAUUCCUUUCGGCUGUGGGACGCAUCAGCCCCGAAGUAUAGUCUGGCCUCCUCCCCCUCCCUACUUAUGCCCUACCUGAGGAAUAGAGCAUUUGCCCCGGGCCUGACAGCUCAUGACUUUCGACACCUGGAGCAAGCGGGGUUACAGAGAAUAUGCCAUCUAUAUGAGGACAGGAAAGUCAUCCCAUUUGAUGUGCCCAAACAACCGCAUCACCAAGUCUGCAGGCUUCUUUAGUGAAAUCUGCAAUUUGCAGAUAUCUAAACAGCCCCACACUAGUGAUGCAGCACACACUGCCCUGACAUUUUUUCGAGAGGUUAUGCCUAAACGAAUUGUCACCUAAGGGACUGAUCACACAACUGUACGCCCAACUCUGUAUGGAGACGAAGGACUGUGGUAGCUUGACCUAUAUCGACCACUGGGAGGAGGUGGAGGGCAUCGAAUGGCAAGAGAUUUGGGAAGCUAGUGGCUCCUCCAUAUGCGUGUCUAUGCAGGAACAAUCCUUUAAGACACUAUUUCUGUGGUAUACCCCGCCGGUGAAUGCAAAAGGUACCGAAUGACAUGUGUUGGAGGAGUUGCAGCCUUAGGGGCACCUACCUUCAUAUGUGGUGGGAAUGUCCCAAAAUCAAGGUCUACCAGGAGUCAAUUGGGGAAGUGGUGAGACAGGAUUUUCAAAGCACCAACUCGGUAGAGGGCUGGCCCAAACAUAAACUAAAGUUGUUACAAGAAAUCGCAUUGGCGGCCUGCAGAGCAGUGGCUCAGUACUGGCUAAAAAUAGAACCUCCACCCCCAUCAGAGGUGAUGGUUAAUUGUCACGACUGUUAGUGUGGUGCAACAUGCAGAAACUAUGUAAACAUAUACAUAGAAAAUGAAAAGGAAAUAAAAAGGAUAGAACGUAAACCGGUCCUUAGAAUGGCCGGACUAAUACGUUAGACAGAAUGAUCAAAGGGAAAGCCGAGGUCAAGGAAGCCAGAAAUAAAUACCGUUUAAACAAGCCAAGUCAGAGAAACCAGAAUUCAGAGUAACAAGGAACAGCCAAGGUCAAAAUACCGGAAUAUCAGAAUAACAAGGAUAAUCGCACACUCGGGAACCAGGAACAGGAAACCACGACAGGGCAAGGUACUGGGGUGAAUUGGGGAUCUAAAUAUCCCUCUCUAUGCUGUGAUUGGUCAGAAGAUGACCUCUGACUCCAGAAUGUGCGUCGGCGUUGACGUCACACGCACAUCAGUUUAAUUUUGGGAGGCGGAGCCCUGAUGGACGUAACCGCAUUUUCCGGGCAGCGUGGAGCAGGUAAGCUCAGCUUGUUGGCUCGAUCAUGCCUGUCGGGCACAGAUGCGCCUCGCGGCGAGCCUGGAGCCAUAACAGCAAUUUAAAAGAUGUGUAUACUAUGGACGACCUGACAAAUGGUACUAGGUUCCGCUAGGAAGUUCGAUAAAAUAUGGUGCCCAUGGGUAAAUUAUCCACUUGCAGAUUGAGACAGACAGAGAUAAGUAUGAGCAUCGUAUACCACCUGGGUGGGUCAGAUGCGGACCAGUGUCGUACCUACCACGGUCGCAGGACCUCCCACUAGGCUCCUACACUUGCGACCCCUUCUCCCUUCUCCCUAUACAGUUUCAAAAUUGCAAAUAUCAUAGUAUCAUGUUAUAUGAUGCAACAUUACCCCACUAGCAUAUGAUGUAGUGUGCAAGCACUGUGGUCUAGGUCAAGCCCCAACUUUUCAAGUCCCAACUAACCAUAAAUACGUGAUGUAUUGAGAAUACUUGACCCAAUGUGCCCAGCUAACGGGUUACAUGCAUGACAAAUGCGGUGUUGCCUAUACCCCUGAUGUAUGCUAUGCCUGAUAAGUGUUUGAUAAUAUUGCGAUGCUAUGUAAUCAGUCUGUUGAUUGUCAAAAAAAACUCCUCUCCUUUUUACCUAAAAAAUAAAUUAUAUAUAUUUUUAUAUAUAAGGGCUAAAAAAAAGUUAAUGAAUAGAUAAAGGUACAAAGCCCUGAGCGUACCAGGAGAUCUAAUACCGACUCUUUAGUGGAGAGAAAUUCAACAGCAUAAAAAUUUCAGCAGCAUAAAAUAUAUAUAUUAUAGGUGCAGAGUGGAAAAAGAAUAAAGUAGCAUAAAAAUUACUUGGUGGGAGUAGGAAAAGAUAUAGAACAUGUAAUAUGCAGAAGAGAUGAUAAAAGGUGAAGGACCUAUGUAUGGGAAGUAUAAAUAUGUGUAGAGAUCUGUAUAAAAAUAAAACUAUAAAAAGAAAAAAGGUGAAUAUAGAGUAGAAAAGUGUACUAGAAAACCAAUAGAACAAGGGGGUCUAGUGAAAAACAGCAAAAGAGCUGGGAGAUCAGUGAAGAAUCAAACAGAAAAUCAGAAAAUGUGCAGACAUAAAAUAAAUUGGAGAGGGGGCGGAGCCUGACCUCAGAGCUGCACAGACGCGAGUACCACGAGCUCCUGCUGAACGGGCGAAAUCUGAGGCAAAAUCAGCGGCUAUGGAGCCCACAGACUCACCGGGGUGCACUAACCACACUAGGAGUGCACCACUGAACAGAAUGAUGCCCAAUAGACGCCUGUCAGAACCGGGUAACCAGAACGCCAAGUGUGGCCUACUGGAGAAGGAGCUGGGGAGAGGCGGCCGAUCUCCCUGGAACCAGACCCAACAAGCGACACUGAGGGCCUUCUAUCCCCCCUCCUCCCUGGACCGGUGGGGGUUAUCCCGGUCCCCAACGCUAGCCCAGCUCCCACCCUACCGCAACCUCACAUCGGGAACAGCAGCAACGAAGCGGAGCAUAGACCACACAAGAUGGCGGAGGUCCCUUUACAGACCUCGCUAGCCCCCAGCCAAACUGAGACACACCUCGACUCCUUUGAUUCCAGGCUGGAGGCAAUAUUUCAAGCCUUUUGGGACAAGCUGCAGGCACACUCAAACAUCAACCAGCAUACACAGGGGUUGAAAAGAGGCCCAAAGGAGUUGGCGGGAAACCUUCCCGCGGGCAGAACACCUACUCUAGCAGCUCAAAAAGUAAAGAUGGCGCUACUACGGUAGCCUGCACAAAGAGCGGCACUCAAGCCUGCACAGAAGCGCAAGCCCAAGAAGCAGCUGAAGAGAGAACAGAGAGGGAGACUGCAGAGCACACCCCGACACAGGAGAUGCCACCAUGCAUCACGCAGCCGCCUACUUGAACCCCGGUUCGGCUGUCACCCAGUAUGUGACAAGCUACCCGCAGAUCCCAAUUUUUUUUACCUGGACCAUCAACGACCCGCGGUUGUGGGUCAACCCGGGUCAGGACUGUGCUGGACACUGGAGCUGGUGGGGUAGCUAUAUGGGGACAUGGUCAUGUAACACAGCACCACGCAGGAUGCAUAGCUUAGUGGGCAUAGGCUGACCACCCUACAUGAAAGCAGGGCCGGGCUACUACAUCCCAGGUCUCAUGUUAACCAUCACCCACCUAUCUCUUAUCUCUAACUAUGAACCAAGGGUCUAUUUAGCUCAUGCGGGUUCCCAUCUCUCGUUGUUUUCAACUCGUUUUCCCUUUGUUUUUUUUCUUUUUUUGUUUUUUUUCUUGCUCCCAUAGGUGGUACUAGUGGAACAUAACAUACAGUAGUUUAGCAUAAUAUAAGUAGCCUCCGUCCCACUUAAUAUGGUGCCGAGCCUGAUUGUCUCACUAAGAUUACUACUUUUAUUUGUAUACACUUGCAUCUGAGCAAAAUGUUAGCUAGUGACUGUUAAGCCUUAAAGGACCACUAUAGUGCCAGGAAAACAUACUCUUUUGUGCCCGGCUCUGGAAGGGAGAAAGGGGUUAAACUUACCUUUUUCCAGCGCUGGGCGGGGAGCUCUCUGCCUCCUCUCCUCCUCCGAUCCGCCCCGUCGGCUGAAUGCGCACGCGCGGCAAGAGCUGCGCGCGCAUUCAGCCAGUCGCAUGGGAAAGCAUUCAUAAUGCUUUCCUAUGGACGCUUGCGUGCUCUCACUGUGAUUUUCACAGUGAGAACCACGCAAGCGUCUCUAGCGGCUGUCAAUGAGACAGCCACUAGAGGAUUUGGAGGAAGGCUUAACCCAUUGAUAAACAUAGCAGUUUCUCUGAAACUGCUAUGUUUAUAAAAAAAAAAAAAAUGGGUUAACCCUAGAAGGACCAGGCCUAGAGUGGUCCUUUAAGUAUUAAUGCACAAAUGUAGUCUAUAGCUAUGUAUAUACUAGACAGAAUUUGCGCAGUGAGGCAUUUCUACUCCGUAAAUCCUCUUAUUGACAUAACUACCUGUAAAAUCAGUUACAUCACAGUGAAAGCUUAUGUAUAAUCUACUUUAUCCUGUUUCACAAUACUUAAUUUUCUUAAAAAAUAGUUAAAAGUAUUUCCAUGCCAUGCCUAAUGUACCAAUAUAUGACAAUGAUUAGUCUGCUGACGCUGUCGUGGCAUCGCAAACUUGGUUGUAACUACCUUCACUGCAAAAAUAAAGAAUUUUAAAAAUAAAUAAAUAAAUUAAUUGGAGACGGGAUAUUAUACUAAAUAUUGCACAAAUGUACUGGCCGCAAUUACAGGGAGAAUGACAAAGUGUCCAGACCUUAAAAUGCAAGGUCAGAGUAAUAGUGAGCACGGGAAAAGGCAAUAUAUUCUGCAAUAAAACCAUAUAAAUACCAAAUUGGUCCAAUAUGUAAUUAGCAGCAAAUAAAAUAAAAUAGAAACAGGUCCAAUAUGAAAGUAAUAAUAAAAGUCCAAUAAAAAAUAGCAGCAAAUAUAAAUUAGUCCAAAUUGAUAGGAAUUCUUGCGUCCGAAAAAAGAAUAGGCUCUACAGAACUUGUGCUGUAGCUGCAAAAAGCCCCAAGAAAGAAAAGAUAGUUGGAUAUUCUCUCACCUAGGACUCCUCUCUUCUGUUCUCAUCUUAUCUUUUUAUUUUAGUUAGCCGUGGCACUCACUGAUUAUGUGGUGUGGGUCACGACACCAUUUUGAUACACCCGCUCGGUGCUCAAGGUUUGUUCCACAUGAUUUUCCAAAGUGCCCUUCCAUCUCCCCUCCCUUACUUCAUGGCUCGGAACAGCUUUUAACAUUUUAAGCCCCACCCUCACCAAUUUUUAACAUGUGGGUUGAUGGCAGCCAUACCAUAACUCCCCUAAAGGGGCCUAGCCUAUUUCACUUAUUGUUUUUAGAAAAUUCAUACACUAUCCCCACUGAUAACUAGUUACCAUUGCAUUCAGUGGGAUUUUAUAUGGUUUUUAAUAUUUUAUACGUUGAUUUUUGUGUCACGUAUUAAACCGUUGCUUUUUAAAUUUGUAUGCUAUGUAAACAGGAGUGGUCCAUAUGUCUGUAACACUUUGAUAAAUCCUACUGUUUUACUUUGUAUUUCCAAUAAAAGUAGUAUACUUCAUACGUAUCUUGGACCUUCCCGACUUUUCUUAGGUUUUAUCAAGAGGACUCUCACUUCGAUAUCCUUGGUGGGGAUUAUACCACCUAUGCCAUUAGGACUGAGCAAAACCCAUUUUGCUUUCCUCCCAUUUAUUUUUAUCAGCUUUAUAAGUGAGCACUAUUUUUGCUGCUACGAUUGGAAGCAUGGAUUCUUAUAUGCCCCAAGUGGUGAUGGAUCUGUACACAUCUUUUCCGGAGACUCCACCGAACCAGCAUAUGCACACGUGGAUACUAAAAAUAAACUAGAAGUGCGUUUUCAUACUCUCCUCCCUGAUUAUAAGGACAUACAACACUAUUGUUUCCUGUCCCCUUAUUUUCCAUAUUGACCUUUUCCAAUUCGGAUUUGAGGACACCCACAAGGCACUGCUACCCUUCUAUUUUCCAGAAGCCUGAGCAAUCUCUAGUCUUGUUUGUUUAUUACACUAAUAUGUUGUUUUUCAAAGCUGAUUAAUUUUAUUUGCACACUCCUUGUGUUGCUGCUAUCCUCAUACUUCUGCAUUUAUGGGUUAAUUUUAAAGCUACCAUUUUAGCAGCCUAUCACUAUCAAAUUAGUCUGUUAAUGACUUGCCAUGCAUGACCUGGUGAUGCCCUUGACUGUUUAUAUCUGCCACUAUAUUGUGCACAAUAUACAGUUAAAGGCCUGAUGCAAGCUUACCCCAGUCUGUCCAGAUUUGGUAGGUAAUGCAAUCUUGGUCUGUAUCAUUUACAGUAAUGGAAAAAAAAGAAAGUAUAUCCUCCUUGAAUGCUUUGGCUUUACAUAGUAGGUCUUAAAAUUAGAACUGCCAAAAAGUCGGGUGUUGCCAUCCUUCUCUCCAGAACCACUCUAUUCUGCUUACUCGAGCAAAAAUAGAGCCCAGAGGCCAGUACCUUUUCAUCAAAGGGCAGAUUCAAAACCAACUUUAUACAUUCGUGGUAAUCUACACUCCAAACUACCACCAACACACAUUUCUUGCCUCUACCCUCAAACAUCUAGAGAACUUCACAGAAGGCACCAUUGUCCUUGGAGGGGCUCUGAACUACCCCUUAGAUCCGCUCAGAGAUAUGUCUAAAGGGGUGAGUACAAUGCUGCUACACCACAUCUGCACAUUUCAUAAAUCUAUGAUGCGCCUCCAUCUGGUGGACUGCUUGAGAGCACUUAACCCAGAGGAGCGAGACUACACAUACUACUCUGCGACCCACCCAUCAUAUUCUAGAAUAGACUACUUGUUUCUGAGACAGUCCCACCUCCUUCUACUCCUAGAUACGAGUAUCGGUAUAACUACGUGGUCAGACUAUGCCCCGGUUACACUCCGACUCCUGGCCCUGUUGCACUUACUGGUUGAACACCUCUGGAUACUUAAUGAAGCCAUAUUGCUACAUCAGGAACCCUACAGAACAUACGCUCCAACUUGACCCACUAUUUUAAGGAGAAUACCACUUAGACGUUUCCCCAGUGACUACUUGGGAAGCCCACAAGAGCAUGAUCAGAGGGCACCUUAUAUCACUAUGUACUCAGAGGAAAAAAGCCCAAUAAAUGUGGGCCACGACUCGCACGCAUGUUGAAGAAGCUACAGGAUAGAUUUCACAUCACCAAGAUUCAGGCUGGUGCCGGGAGUCCUUCUUCCUUCCCCAAAGAGAUAACGAAUGUGUUCCACAGUUACUACAACUCAUUAUAUAACAUAAAGGCUGCAAAGACACUCUAACAGAAGCAAUUCAUAUUCGAUUAUCUACGCAGAUUUCACCCGAAUAAAUUGGAGAGGCCAUCAAAGAUUCUAAAACUGGGAGGGCCCUGGGACCAGAUGGACUCCUGCUCCGAUACAAGAUAUUUAGCGAUGUCCUACUACCUCACAUGAUCACUUCUUUAGCGCCCUCACCAGCGAAGGGAAACUUGGCCCCGAAUUUAAACCGCAUAUCUGACGGUUUUGCCCAAAGAGGGGAAGGAUCUGGAGCUGUGCCCAAGCUACAGGCCCAUAUCCCUCCUCAAUUGUGAUGUUAGGAUCUUGGCCAAUGUCUUGGUGAGCUGAAUAAAAACCGCCUACUCUCCCUCGUACGUCAUGACCAAAGUGGGUUUGUACCAGGCAGGGAGGUGAAAGCUAAUAACAUCAGGCUUUUGAAUCUUUCACCUGGCACAGACCUCAAACAACACAGAUGAUUGUCCUUUCCAACGAUGCCAAAAAGGCUUUCAAUGGCAUACAAUGGCAAUUUAUGUUCUCAACGAUCCGGAAAAAGGUUUUCAAGAAAAAAAUCUGUUAAUGGAUUCAGUCACUAUUUACUUUUCAAUCAGUGAGGGUGCGCAUCAACAGCAGUUUUUUCCACACUGAUGCACAUAUCCAACGGGACUAGGCAGGGGUGGCCGCUAUCAACUCUGCUUUAACAAUGGAACCCUUCCCGAACGCUGAUCGGAACAACCCAUCAAUUCGGGGACUACAACAACUGGGCUUUGAACACAGUCUCUGCAUAUGCUGCUGAUCUUCUAUUCUAUGUUACGCAACCGUUGGUUUCACUGCCAAACCUGCUGCAGGAAUUGGAUGCCUUCAGCAAGUUGAGUGACUAUAAGCUCAACCUAGACAAAUCAGAAGCAAUGAAUACCCCCAUCAGAUAUCGCUCAGGUCAACCUCAAUUCCCAUUUUCAAGUUGCCAAGACUGCUUGAAAUACCUUUUGGAUAGAAGUCCCUGGAAUCUGACCAAGAUAUACAAAUAUUUCCAACCAAUGCUACACAGCUUCCAGAAAAAUAUGAAGGACUGGACAGUACCGCACUUCUCCUAGAUCAGCCGAAUUGAAAGCGUGAGAAUGAAUCUGCUGCCUUGCAUGCUAUACCUCUUCCAGACUAUACCAAUUCCGCUACCAAAGAAGUUUUUCGCCUCCCUGAAUUCAGCCUUGACUCAAUACGUAUAGGAAAAAAGAGGCCACGAUUUAAGUUAGAACUUGUAUGCCCAAAAUGCGAUGGGGGGGCUGGGUCUCCAGUCAUUCUGCGACUACUACAUGGCCAUGCAUUUAAGCCACAUAGUGGAAUGGCACAUGUCUUCACAGCAUAUAUGGCCAGCCCUGGAGCGAGGGAUGGUUUGGCACCAUAUUCCCUCUCUUGUAUGGCUAGGAGAGGUUGCUACUAGAGACAUCUGCAGCACUCCACCCCUGAUUGGGGUGACUUUCCGUAAAUGGCACAGCAUACAGUUCAAGAUGGCCCUAACCACCACAAAUGGACCUAUGUAUCGAAUAAGCACAAAUUCUGCAUUUCCAGCUGGCUCAGAGCAUCGUCACCGGGGAUUUCUGUAGAAGGCACAUACAUCAAACUUACCUCACUCUGCAGGGCAGAUUCGAUACUCCCCUUAAAGGGACACUAUAGUCACCAGAACAACUACAGCUUAUUGUUUGUUCUGGUGAGUAGAAUCAUUCUCUUCAGGCUUUUUGCUGUAAACACUCUUUUCAGAGAAAAUGCAGUGUUUCCAUUACAGCCUAGGGAUACCUGCGCUGGCCACUCCUAAGAUGGCUACUAGAGGUGCUUCCUGGGGGCAGUGCUGCGCACUGAGCAGCACUGCCAUUCAGUGUCUCCACCCUCUGCAUGCAGAGAUGCAUUGAUUCAAUUAAUCUGAGGAGAUGCUAAAUGGCCAGGGCUGUCUGACUUGUGCUGGAUCUGCCCUUAAUCUGCCUCCUUGACCAUCUCAGUCAAUCCUAUGAGGAAGCAUUGUAAUUUGCUCAGACCACCACUUCUGAUUAUGUCUGCAGCAUCGCAGGCAGACAGGCAGCUGCAGACUUGAAUACAAGUAGAAGUUUACUAUAUUUAGGAAGGCCAGGGGGCUAGAUGGUGGUUUUAACACUAUAGGGUCAGGAAUACAGGUUUGUGUUCCUGAUCCUAUAGUGUUCCUUUAAGGGAUCUCAUCAAAGACAGGCAACCCUUCGUGAUGGAACAUUUCCAACACAAUCAGGUGCGUCUUUACCAAAUAAAGAACAACAAACCAUACAAAGAUGCAGCCAGUCUCAGUGUAAAGAUGAGUCUCUUAUCGGUACUUAAGUCUCUGUGUAGGACCAACCACUACCCUGUUUUCCUUUGGGGUAGUUCCAUCGGUAUAUACACAGAGCCUUAGAAGUUUCUUCUUCUUUUUUUGUUUUUCUUGACCAAAUAAACAUACAUUCCACAAACCAUUGACUGCAUUUCAAACACUGUUCCAGACUGGCACAGCUAUACUGCAGUGUUUCCACCCUCCGCCAACUGUUGCUGACUGCAUCACAUCCCCCUCUGCCUCAAUAUCAAGCCAGUGAGGGGAAUCCCUGCAAACAGUUUACUGAUCAGUUGUGGUCCAAGAUAACGCUCUUAACGCAUAUUAGCUCCAUGAGCACCUGAUUUCAAGAAAUACAUUUGAAACUGCUGACUCAAUGGUACAGCUUUCCACAAAAGCUACAUCACUUUCUCCCCCAAGAUUCCUGACACUUGCUAAAGAUGUGGAGGAGCAGGAGACUCUCUACACAUAUUCUGGGACUGUUCUCAUAUCACCCUUUUGGAAGAAGGUACGUGAGACCAUGACUACCAUGGCAGAUGAGGGGGUACACCUAGCACCAGCGGACAUGCUGCUGAACUGUACCACACAAAUCUCUUUCCAGACAUCUGCUCACAGCGACUUGUUCCUUAAUUCCAGCACUGUGAAAAUGACCCAAUGCCCAGAUUCGCCAUCCUUCCAGAGAGUUGAGUUGAGAGUUGAGGCAAUCGGGGAGGAGGUGAGGAGAAUGUUGUGAUGCUAACCGGCUGCAUGGAAAGACAAGAGGAGACAGAGAGCUUGGCUAUCCUAUGUGAUUACAGGUGCGUAGGUGGAGGUGCGAUGGGCGUGGGCUGUGAACCCAUUGGAUGGACCUGAAGUAAACCAUAAUUUGUACCUAAAACUCAUGCACCACCACCCCCUUUUUUUUUUUUUCCUCCCCCCACAACCUCUUACAAUCACUCCCAAUUCCUUCCUCACUCUGAUCUUCUCCCUUUCACCCAUCUUACAUAGUUACAUAGCUGAAAAGAGACUUGCAUCCAUCAAGUUCAGCCUUCCUCUCAAAUGUUGUUGCUGUUGAUCCAAAAGAAGGCAAAAAACCUGGUCUGAAGCGCUUCCAAUUUUGCCACAAACUAGGAAAAAAUUCCUUCUUGACCCCCAAAAUGGCAGUCAGAUGUCUCCUUGGAUCAAGCAGCUAUUACCCCACUAAUUAGAAAUGAUAUCCCUGUAUGUUAUGUUUUUGUAAGUAUUUAUCCAAUUUCAGUUUAAACAUCUGUAUGGACUCUGACAAAACCACCUCUUCAGGCAGUGAAUUCCAUAUCCUUAUUGUUCUUACUGUAAAAAAACCUUUUCUUUGCCUUAGAUGAAAUCUCCUUUCUUCCAGCCUAAAUGUGUGACCUUGUGUCCUAUGUAUAGCCCUGUUUAUGAAUAGAUUUCCAGAUAAAGGUUUGUACUGGCCCCGAAUAUAUUUGUAUAAAGUUAUCAUAUCCCCUCUCAGGCGCCGUUUUUCCAAACGAAACAGAUUUAAUUUUUUUUAACCUUUCUUCAUAACUAAAAUGCUCCCUUCCUUUUAUCAAUUUUGUAGCGCGUCUCUGGACCCUCUCCAGUGCCAUGAUAUCCUUCUUUAGAACAGGCGCCCAAAAUUGCACAGCAUAUUCAAGGUGUGGUCUUACCAGCGAUUUAUAAAGAGGCAGAAUUAUAUUUUCAUCCCGAGAAUUCAUGCCCCUAUUCAUACAUGACAAAAUCUUACUGGCCUUAGCAACUGGAGAUUGACAUUGCGUAUUGCUGCCUAAUUUGUCUAUAACAAUUCCCAAAUCCUUCUCGUGUGUGGUUAUCCCUAAUUCACUACAAUUUAGUGUGUAAGUUGCUUGUGCAUUCUUAAACCCCGAAGUGCAUAACUUUGCAUUUCUCUGUUAAAUUUCAUCUGCCAUUUUAGUGCCCAGUCCCCCAAUCUAUCCAAAUCUCUCUGCAGCAAAGCAAUAUCCUGCUCACAUUUUAUUACUUUACAAAGUGUUGUCAUCUGCAAACACUGAUACAUGGCUUUCAAUGCCUAUUUCAAGAUCAUUUAUAAAUGUUAAAUAGAAGUGGUCCCAAAACAGAACCCUGAGGGACACCACUUACCACUUUUGUCCAGCCUGAAAAUUUACCAUUAAUUACAACUCAUUGUACUCUGUCCUUAAGCCAAUGUUCUACCCAAGAACAGGAAUAUUCAUCUAGACCAAUUUCUUUUAGUUUGAAGACUAACCUAUUGUGAGGAACCGUAUCAAAUGCCUUGGCAAAAUCUAAGUAGAUCACAUCCACUACAACACCCUGAUCUAUACUUCUACUUACUUCUUCGUAGAAUGCAAUUAGGUUAGUUUGACAUGAACCGAUAUUUCAUAAAACCAUGCUGAUUAUUGCUAAUAACAAAGUUCUUCCCAAUGAAUUCCUGAAUCUUAUCCCUUAAUAGCCCUUCAAAUAUUUUCCCAGUUACAGAAGUUAAGCUCACAGGUCUAUAAUUUCCAGGCAAGGAUUUUGAACACUUUUAAAAUAUAGGAACAACAUCUGUCUUCCUCCAAUCCUCCGGUACAACACCUGAAACAAAAGAAUCUUGAAAAAUUAAAUACAGAGGUUCACUUAUUUCCCUACUUAGCUCCUUAAGUACUCGUGGGUGAAUACCGUCAGGCCCCAGAGCUUUAUUUACAUUAAUUUUCUUUAAUAGCUGUAGCACCUUGUCUCGAGUUAUCCAAUCGCAAGUUAUUUGCAAGUUUUUUGCAGCAAUCAUUUGCAUAUCUCUUGCCAUAGGAUCCUCAUUAAUAUAUACUGAAGAAAAAUUAUUUAAAAUUUUUUUCCUGGUCUUCAUUAGCUAAUAAACCCAACUCUGUUUCAAGUGUACCUACACUUUCAUUUUUUGUUUUUUUAGAAUUGAUGUACUUGAAAAAAAAUUUGGGGUUGGUUUUGCAUUCUUUUGCCAUCAAUUUCUCAUUUUCUAUUUUAGCCACUUUAAUUGCCUUUUUGCAAGCGUUAUUGGCUUCCUUAUAUCUUAAAUAGGAUGUCUUUGAUUUGUCUGUUUUAAAUGCUUUAAAUGCCCUUUUCUUAUUUUUAAUCUCUUGUUUUACUUCUCUACUAAGCCACAUUGGUUUUAAUUUGUUUUUUAUAUUUAUUACCCAAGGGUACAUACUGAGAAAUGUACCUUUCUAAUAUUUGUUUGAAUAGUUUCUAUUUAUUCUCAGUGUUUUUAUCACUAAGGAGUUUAUGCCAGUCGAUAUGUUGUAGAGCUGCCCUAAUCUUAUUGAAAUUGGCUUUUUUUUAAAUUAUAUGUUUAGUAUACCCCACUUCUUCUGGGCUUGCGUAUUCCCCCCCGCCUCUUUACUGCACAACUUUACCUCUACUACGGCCUCUCCGUGGAGGCGGGAUUUUCCCACGACACAUUUUAUCCGGAGCUCACCCACUUCCAACAAGAUCCAUUGACCUUAAUGUUAUGUCCAUUACAUUUAGAUGGCAGGGAUUACUUGCGUGUCUCGCUUGUUUCCUGCAAAAUGUUAACUUAUGUCAACUACAUGAGGCAUUAUGUAUGCCAUAGAUACAUGCUUACUUGACACGUUUUCUUGUGGGACUUCAUGGUCUUAAUCUGUGAUUGCCUUUACUACUUAACAUUCCUUCUAAUCUGUAAAAUGUUCUGAUAUUAAAUCUUCAUAAAGUGUCAAAAAUAAAUAAAAGGACACUUUUCUACCUGUUAAACAGCAGUAAUCUGUAAUGAUAGUUACUGCCAUUUUAAAGACUACAAACUUUUUUGUACGGUCACUCUGUCUUGGUUCCUUGAAAAGAUCAUUAAAAACUCUUUUCGUUAAAGAGCAUAUCAAUUAAAAUUUCCCUCUUCAUACCUUGGUCACUCAUCCUGCUUCCUCUCCAAAAACUAUACCUUUACUGUUCUAGCAACCUACUUUAUCCCGUACAUGAAAUACAUCCGGCCUUUACUUCUUGUGCCACUUUACCCCACUACCUCUAGAAAGUAGGCUCAUUUGAGCAGGACCCUCAACACAAUGUUCCUGUGCGGCUAGUUUCUCUUGUUACAAAUACAUAUUUUAGUCCACCUGUUGUAUAACACUGUCAUUUGGUGCUUAAAGGGAUCCUAUAGUGCCAGGAAAACAAACCAGUGUUCCUGGCACUAUAGGCUCUUGGAGAGCUCAUCUCCCUUGGCGCUGAAGGGGUUAAAACCCCUUCAGCCACUUACCUUAAUCCAGCACCAGGCUCCCUCACCACUGGUGACCUCUCCUCCCCUGCCGACGCUAGCUCCCGAGUGGAGCCAAAUGCGCAUGCAUGGCCAGAGACGCGCUUAUUCAAACCCGCCCAUAGAAAAUCAUUACACAAUGCUUUCCUAUGGGGAUCUUAUUAGACGCUGAAGAUCUAUGAGGACACCCAGUGUCCGAUAAGUGCGAUUUACUCCUAUGUACAUUGCGGAAGCGCCUCUAGUGGCUGUAAGGGAGACAGCCACUAGAGGCUGGAUUAACCCUGCAGUGUAAACCUAGCAGUUUCUCUGAAACUGCUAGGUUUUCAGCUGCAGGGUUAAAACUAGGGGGACCUGGCACCUAGACCACUUCAUUGAGCUGAAGUGGUCUGGGUGCCUAUAGUGGUCCUUUAAUAAAUGUUCUUAACUUUUCAUGAACUCCUACACGAUUAGUUCUUUUCAUGCAAAUGCUUUGCUUAUACAUGUUUUGACACUUUUUCUCACAGAUUAAUUAGAAUAGUGUUUGGGUAAAAAAACAAUUACUGGUUGAAAAUAAUCUAUAAUCUGUUUUCAUUCUGAUAUAGAAACAUAGAAUGUGACAGCAGAUAAGAACCAUUUGGCCCAUCUAGUCUGCCCAAUUUUCUAAAUACUUUCAUUAGUCCCUGGCCUUAUCUUAUAGUUAGGAUAGCCUUAUGCCUAUCCCACGCAUGCUUAAACUCCUUUACUGUGUUAACCUCUACCACUUCAUCUGGAAAGCUAUUCCAUGCAUCCACUACCCUCUCAGUAAAGUAAUACUUCCAGAUAUUAUUUUUAAACCUUUACCCCUCUAAUUUAAGACUGUCCUCUUGUUGUGGUAGUUUUUCUUCUUUUAAAUAUAGUCUCCUCCUUUACUGUGUUGAUUCCCUUUAUGUAUUUAAAUGUUUCCCCCCUGUAUCAUAUCCCCCCUGUCUCGUCUUUCCUCCAAGCUAUACAUGUUAAGAUCCUUGAACCUUUCCUGGUAAGUUUUAUCCUGCAAUCCAUGAACCAGUUUAGUAGCCCUUCUCUGAACUCUCUCUAAGGCAGUGAUUCCCAACCCAGUCCUCAAGGCACACCUACCAGUCCAGGAUUUAGGGAUUACAUAGUAGUGGCUAAGGUGUUUUUAGAAACCUUAGACACAACUGGGUCACCCCUAAAUCCUGGACUGGUAGGUGUGCCUUGAGGACUGGGUUGGGAAACACUGCUCUAAGGUAUCAAUAUCCUUCUGAAGAUAGUCUCCAGUACGGUGUACAAUACUUCGAGAGGUCUCGCCAGUGUUCUGUACAAAGGCAUAAGCACUUCCCUCUUUCUACUGCUAAUAUCUCUCCCUAUACAACCAAGCAUUCUGCUAGCAUUUCCUGUUGCUCUAUCACAUUGUCUGCCUUCCUUUCAGAAAUAAUCACCCCUAAAUCCCUUUCCUCAGAUGUUGAGGUUAGGACUCUAUCAAAUAUUCUGUACUCUGCCCUUGGGUUUUUACAUCCAAGAUGCAUUAUCUUGCACUUAUCCACAUUAAAUGUCAGUUGCCACAACUCUGACCAUUUUUCUAGUUUUCCUAAAUCAUUUGGCUUAUCACUCCUGGAAUAUCAACCAUGUUACAUAUCUUAGUAUCAUCAGCAAAAGACAUACCUUACCAUCAAGACCUUCUGCAAUAUCACUAAUAAAAAUAUUAAAGAGAAUGGGUCCAAGUACAGAUCCCUGAGGUACCCCACUGGUGACAAGCCCAAGCUUCGAAUAUAUCAUUGACUACAACCCUCUGUCGUCUGUCACUCAGCCACUGCCUUACCCAUUCAACAAUAUUGGAAUCCAAACUUAAAGAUUGCAGUUUAUUUAUAAGCCUUCUAUGUGCAACAGUGUCAAAAUCCUUACCGAAAUCUAGGUAAGCAAUGUCUACUCCACCACCCUGAUCUAUAAUUUUAGUUACCCAAUCAAAAAAUUCAACAAGAUUAGUUUGGCAUGAUCGCACUGAAGUAAACCCAUGUUGUCUCUGAUCUUGAAAUCCAUGUGUUUUUUAGAUGUUCAACAAUCCUAUCCUUUAACAUGGUUUCCAUCACUUUCCCCACUACUGAAGUAAGGCUUACUGGCCUAUAGUUGCCCGACUCCUCCCUAUCACCUUUCUUGUGAAUGGGCACAACAUUCGCUAACUUCCAGUCUUCUGGGACUACUCCUGUUAACAAUGAUUGGUUAAAUAAAUCUGUUAAUGGUUUUGCUAGUACACCACUAAGCUCUUUUAACAGCUUUGGGUGUAUUCCAUCAGGUCUCAUUGAAUUAUUUGUCUUUACUUUUGACAGUUGAAAUAGAACCUCUUCCUCUGUAAACACACGUGUAAUAAAUGACUCCUUUAUCCUUUUUCUUAACUGAGGUCCCUUUCCUUCAUUUUCAUCUGUAAAUACCAAAGCUAGACCUUUAUCCUCUUCUACAUAUCUUCCUUCUUUUGUUUUUAAUCUAACUACUUAAUUACUAAAUGCUAACUUUUUGUUUUUUACUAUUUUGGCCACAUCUGCGGAGUACCACAGUGGUUUCUUGAAUUUUUUGCUUUUACUGACAAGCCUAAUGCAAUUUUAUGUUGCCUUCAGUAGUGCAACUUUUAAAUAAUCCCAUUUCUCUUGGACUCCAUUUAAAUUGCUCCAGUCUGAUAAUGACUCCUUUACAUAUAUUCUAAUUUUAGAAAAGUCUGUUUUUGUAAAGUCUAAAACUUGAUUUUGUGUGGUGUGACUCACCACAGUGUGUUCUUAUAUUAAACCACACUGACUGAUCACUGGAUCCUAAACUUUCACCUACAGUAAUAUCUGAUAUCAAAUAUCCAUUUGUUAACACUAAAUCUAGUAUGGUCUCUUUACGAGUUGGCUCCUCAAUGACUUGUUUUAGAGACAAUCCCAGUAGGGAGUUUAGAAUGUGUGCUCCUGGCACAACCAGCUAUUUUUGUUUUCCAAUUCACAUCUGGAAGAUUAGUCACCCAUGAUGAUAACUUCCCCCUUCAUUGUCAUUUUAGCAAUUUCCUCAACUAGUAGAUUAUCUAACUCUUCAAUUUGUCCUGGGGGCCUAUAAAUUACACCUACACGAGUUACUGUGUGAUUACCAAAUUCUAACGUGACCCAAACGGACUCUGUUUGCCUCACUAACUUUUAUUAGGCUAGAUUUUAUGCUAUCCCUAACAUACAGGGCCACCCCUCCCCCUUUCUUGCCUUCCCUUUCUUUUCUAUAUAAAGAGUACCCUGGUAUUGCUAGUCCCAGUCAUUUCUCAUUAUACCAUGGUUCAGUAACAGCGACUAAAUCUACACUAUCAGUUGCCAUUAUUGCCAUGAGUUCAUGGAUCUUAUUCCCUAAACUGCGAACAUUUGUAGACAUGACUCUAAGCUUAUCUUUUUUUUAACACACUUGCUACAGGCACCUUCUGUCCUUGUUUUGGGGGACAAUUGGAUUGAUGUUUUAUCAUCCUUUUGCCCCCCCUCCUAGUUUAAAUACAUCCUAGCAAAACCUCUGAACUGCUCACUGAGAACAUUUGUUCCCUUUUGAGAAAGAUGCAAACCAUCUUUUUUGUACAGCUUAUCUCCAUUCCAAACAGAGCUACCAUGAGAAAUAAAGCCAAAUCCUUGCUCCCGACACCAUUCACCAAGCCACAAAUUAAAGUCCCUAAUACGCAUCCGCCUGUCGUUCUGAGUGUUAUGCACAGGCAGAACUUCAGAGAAUGACAGUGUGGAAGCAACCUGCCGUAUAUUAUUGGCAAAAACACUAAAAACUUCCUUAACCUCUGAAAACUCAUUGCAAGCCAAGUCAUUUGUUGCAGAGUGUACUUUGUGUAUUAUUGCAUAUUUCUAAUUCUUGUUUUGGAUUUCUCUAGGCAGUAAGCGAAAUCUUGAGCCGUAUUUCCAGCACUCUAAAACAUCUCCUUGUGGAAGUCUCAUCCUGACAAAUGCAGAGAAAUCUGAAAAGAAAAUGUCCUCUCUUCAUGCAGAGCAAGACACAAAUAUGUUAAGAGAACACUAUCUUAACGCUAAACCGUUAAUAUUUUCUGAAUGCAAUAAAUCGUGGGUCAUGGUGGCCCCUAAACCAGCCAACCGCAGCAUGGCAGACCCCCCAAUCAUGACUCUUAGUGAGAGAGUGGAUAAUGCGGAAACACCUACCAGUGAGAGAUACAAAUAUUUCACAUCCCCAAUGUUACCCAGUACAAAGCUGAGGAAGAAACUUACCCCUGUUAAGGAAGUGUUAAGUGAAGUCAAGAUCUCAGAAUGGAGAAACAAAGAUGAGCUAAACGUGACAUAUGUAAUGCCCACAAUUUGUCACACCCUUGAUGGACCGAAUUCAAGACCUGGGGAUGAUUGGUCGUUUAACAGCUUUUUAUCUGCAGAGUGUGAAAACUUGAUAAAACAAGUAAAAAACACAUUUGAAGGUAUAAGAACUGAUCGUGAACUGGAUCAUAAAAUGGAAAAAUCGAGCUUCUUGGAGGGUAGUCUCUUGGACCUAGAUAAAAUGAACUUGAAUCUCCUAGACUUCCAUUUGAUGGAUGAAGGUAACCAGAAUGAUAAACAUAAAGUAUUGUGCUGCCCUGCCACAACAUAUCUAAACAAGUUGCAUAUUAAAAUGAACGAAACCGAGAGCAUCAACCAAGUGGGUGUCGAUGGGAAAUCCUUAAGCACUGAUAGUGCUCUACCUGUAACAGAUAGCUCAGAAAACGAUCGCACUUUCAUAUUGUCAGUUGUACCAAUACAAAAUUGUGGCAAAGCUUUGGAAGAAGGAAUGGGUGACACAUGCAUGCACAAGGUCAAUUCUACAGUCUGUAUGCAGCAUACCAUGUUCACGCAAAGUGCAGUGAAUUCUGCUGACACCACACACAUUUUGUUGUGUGAUGCCAUACCUGAAGGUAAUACAAUGCAAGCUAUUGUAUCAAGUGAUAAAAUGCCAAUGCCAACUCUUGCCAAUAUCACCCAGAAUAUUACAGCAAACACUGAGAUUGAUGUAGCCGGUGUCCCUCAGGAUAUGGCAUCAAUCCCUAAUGAGAUGGAUGUAGCCAAUGUCAUCCAUAACAUUGUAAUGAAGUCUAGUGGGACAGCAGAAGCCAAUGUCACCCAGGAACUUGUGUAUAAAACAAGUGAAACUGCGACUAAUGCCACCCAAGACCUUGUGUCAGAACCUAGUGAGAUGACUGUAACCAAUGCCACCGAGGUCUUUGCACAAAAACCUAAUGGGACAUCUGUGUCAGUCACCCAGGAUAUUGUGUUAGAGCCUACUGAGAUGACUGUAACGGAUGCAACCCAGGCCUAUGUACUAAAAUCUAAUGGGACCUCUGUGUCCAAUGUCAGCCAAGAUACUGCAUCUUGUGGGAUGACUUUAACCACUACUACCCAGGACAUAGUGUUAGAACCUACUGAGAUGACUGUAACCAAGGCACCCCAGAUCUAUAUACUAAAAUCUGACUGGUCGUCUGUGUCCAAUGUCACUCAAGACAAUGUGUCAGCACCUAGUGGGAUGAUUGUAAAUGUCUCCCAAGACCUUAUGUCAGAACCUAGUGGAAUGACUGUAAUCUGUGCCAAUCAGGGCCUUGUGUCAGAAUCUAGUGGCAUGCCCGUAACAAAUGCCACUCAUCUUAUGGUGGAACCCAGUAGGAUGACUGUAGCACAUGCCAACAAGGUAUUUGUGCAAAAACCUAGCGGGACAUCUAUGUCCAAUGUCACCCAGGACAUAGUGUCAAAAGAGGUGACUGUGGUUAAUACCACAAAGGAUAUUGGUGAGAUAACUACAGAUGUACCCAGCUUGGAAAAAGAUGCUGUGGGUAAAAUACCCAAUAUCACUCCGGAUGCGUUAUUGGAUUAUGAGGGAACUUCAAAAUGUACAUUGCAUAAACUACUAAAUAAGACCUUCUCCAUGAACAGACAAGAUAAACAAACAUUACCUUUUAUAGUGCCUGUAGCUAUUGCCACCCCAGACUUUCCAACUCACUGUGAAAUGGCUACAGUAAAUAUUACUAAAGACCUUGCCUCUGAACAUGUAGAAGUGGCUGAACCUGACUCCACACAGGAUGUCGAUGAGGAAAGAUUGGAGCAAGUGGUUAGUCAUCCAGAACAAUUGGAGCAUUACACAAAAAUAUGGGAGACUUCUCAGGAUUUGUCUUUCUCCAGUGGGUCCUUGUCCUUUGUCACAUCUACACCUGUAACAGGGUUGAGCCAUUAUCGUUUCAUCAUAAAAUCUGAACAGCCUAUGCAGUAUGACCCCAACUUCACUUUUACUAACUUGGAGGCACAAACAAAGGAACUGGAGAUGAAAGGACAAUCAAAACUUAAAUUAUUGCAUAGAGGCAGUUUAGUAAAAAGAGGAAUGACAAGAGGCCCUAUGCUGCCCCGCGUGUCCAGAAGUAAUCUUCCAGUAGCAGUGGAAAAGUCAAAACUAAUGGAACCUCCAUGUGCUCCAAAAUUUGGCCAGGGUUCUUUACCACAAGCCACUGAAUGGGCUAAAAAAUUAACAAAAGAGCAUUUGUCUAACAAUGAUCUACCAGGAGGUAGUAACUGUUUUAGGCGAGGCAUGGUUUGCCCUUCACUUAGCAGGAUUACCACUGUAGGCAUUGCCCAGAAAAAAUUAGGAGAGUCAGCAAGACAACUUGUUUAUCACAAGCCAAUAAAUGGUUUGUAUACUCUCAAGACUACAGCUGCAAAGGUAUCUAACAAACGGUUCUUGUCUACUUCAUUCUUUGUCUAUGAUAGUUUUUCCAUCUAGAUCUUAAUGUUAGGCUUGCUCUUUGAUAAGGAGUUAUGUAGUCGUUUGUAUGAGGUGUACAGUAAUGUCUUUUCUUUAUCACAGAUAGGAUCCCAUACUUCAAACUCUCAGUUGCCCAGCAGAACUACC